AUGGCUCAUGGCAAAACGACCAUCACGGUGGACGAGUACAGCUCCAACCCCACGCAGGCCUUCACACACUACAACAUCAACCAGAGCCGCUUCCAACCUCCACACGUCCACAUGUAAGUACCAGACUCACACUUCAGCUGCUGAAAUAAACAAAUAUGAAUAGAGAGAGGCGCAUUUUUUUCGCUGCUAUGUCGUCUUAACUGAUUUUAGGCAGAAAACAGAUAAAAUCCAAGACAUGCAGCUUCAAUCACACACCAGAUUUGGUCAUUUUUGUUCGAAGUUUUUCAUUUUUUGACCAUUUAAUUUUAAAUUUGAUGCUUUAGUGAUGUCGGGCUGGCUUUGUGUGAUGCUUUAAACAAGUUUUUACGAUUUUAGAGGAAAUAAUUAAAAAUGUUUGUUGAAGAAAAAGCUGAAAAGUCCACAGCUUGAGUUUGUUUCAGGAGGCCAAUCGGGAGCUUUGUUUGAUACAGAGUCUUUGUUUAUUCUUUGAUUUAAUUGGCUCGAGCUCAGAGGGAGUACGGUGGCCAGGUUGGGACAAAUUGUGAGAUGAGCCAAAAAACUUGGGGAUUGAAUUUGUCGUGAUUGCAGCAGGUGACUUUCUCAAAUCUGGAGCCCUGCAGACGAAGUGAACGCUCCCUGUGUUUGGAGUAAAAGCUUUUCUGACUCAGGAGUUUUCUCCCCCCCUCCACCACCACCACCACUGACGUAUGUCCCUUUUCGCUGAGCUCGCUCUGUGAGACUGUUAUCUUUUGUGCCAUGUUGCCAUCGCGGUGCAUGCACACUUUGUUCGCAUUAGGGCUCUCUCGUCAUUUAUUUAUCAGACCAGUUACUUAGCGUAGCUCUUGUCUGAUGUAGUUACUCUCUGCCUCUCAUUAGUGGGUCAGGGCGCUGUGACCCGUCAGUCCUCACCACACACACACACUCAUCAGAGCGUGCUGUGUGUGUGUGUGUUUGUGUGUGUGUGUGUUUUAUCUGUGGACAGAGUUUAACACACAGCUGAGUGUUUGCAUGCUUUGUCUCCAGCAGCUUUUUUAGCUUUUAUGAAAGAGGUUGUGAAUGAUUAUUGGAUGCGGUUAUAUGAACAGUGUGCUCGAGGUAUUUUUGAAUCACUGAGAGCGUUGUGUAAAAAGAUAACCUGCAGGAUGUCGCUGAAGAGGAGCAACAGAGGGCUGGUUGUUGUGGCUGUGGUUGACUUGCGGGUCACACUGUUGUGUUUCACCUUCUUUUGACUGAACUCGACUUUUGUUCGUUAAUUUCGGCUUUUUUUUUUUUAAAUGGACAGUGGUUUUGAUGGUUUUAAUUGGACACAACUUCAACUGCCUUUUUCAUUUUAUUUACUUUUUUUAGAAGUCGCAAAAAGCAAAAGCAGAAAGAGUAUCUCGCAGAAGUUUUUAAAUAGGAGGCAGUGGCGUCAGACAUCCAAACUCCAAAGUGUAAAAGCAGUCUUUGAUAAAGCUUUGAUUAUACAGCAUUGCAUUAUUGCAUGAUGAUGCAGAUUUGUGCGGCUGAUGUUCCCUUAAAGGUUUGAGAUAAAUUCGAGCCACAGCUCUAAAUUCAGCUCUAAAACUCCCAUUUCUUUCUGCAUCGUCCCAUUAUCACAAACAGACUUAUUUGGAGAGGUGUCUCACUUUACAUUCUUAUACAUUCUCUGUUUUUUAUCGAGUACUUUUGGUUUCAUUUGGCUUUUUUACACAGAGACUGACACAAAUCCCUUCAGCCGUUUCCAGUUUCUUGUUUAAUUAUUAUUCACUUUAAAGUUUCACGAAACAGGAGCAGAAGGAUCGUUUUCCUAAAAUAAUUUAAAAGCAGAGAAGUCGGUGUGAAUUUUUACACUUUCUAACUUACUUCUUGUCACACACCGAGCAGCCAGGCAAAAAGGUGACAAAGUAAGAGUGUAUCCUAACACCGUGUAUUUAUGCAAAGAAGUGCAGUCGUGUUCUUUUGCACUAGACAGUUUUAAAGCUUUAUUACAACAAUGCACAGGUACUCAACAUGCAGAAUGAUGCAGACGUGAACAGCUGACACUCCUUUUAUUCUUAUUGCUAAAAGGUUUCAGAUAAAACAGAAAUACAAAAGGAAACAGGAGAUUCAUGCAAAACUGUUUUUUUUUUCUUUUUCUUGGACUGCUUUGGUUUGAUUUGGCUGUUUUUUGAUUUGUAGUUGCAGAAAAGUCAAUGAAAAAUGGCUUUAUCCUUGAUCAGUUCUACUCAUAUAUUUACUGUAUUUGAUUUGCAGCAAAAGCAGAUGGAUUACUUUGACAAAUUAAGAAAAAUGUUGUUUAUUUUAUGCUUUAGAAGAAUGUUUUGUGAUCUCUAACCAUCAAGGCAUUAAUGCAAGAUAGUAGAGCCCACCCUUACACUUUGCACUCACAGUCGUUUAAUUCUUUUGUCUUUAGAUAAUGUUAAAUGCAUUGAAAUGUGACUCUACAUGCAGGAGAAAGAUGCAGGUUUGCAAAUAUUAUGAAAGAACUUUUUCACCCUUUUUAUUCCCCAGAUAAAUAAACAUAAUCCCAUGAAUAGAAACUGAAUCAUCUGCAGGAUGAAUCUAAAUAAAUUUGUACAUUUUUCUGGGGAAACUCACAGUUUGAUUUGGCCGGUCUUAGACGUGCAGAUGUUUGUUUUUUUUAGUGGAGAAGCUGAAAUAAAUCUGCUGCUUUUUACAAACUUCAGUGUUUUAAAGCUGCAGAGAAGAGGAGACUUUAACAAGGGAGUGUGUGUGUGUCAGCUGUUACACUGAACUUCAUACUGCUCCUUGUUUUCACACGUUAACGUGAGAAAGCUGAGACUGAGCAGUUCAUAAGGUCUUUAAUGCCGUCAGAGUUUUCAAGUUAUAUUCAUGCGACAGUGUGAUGCAACAUGACAAGCGAGACGCUGAGAUUCUGCAGGUUUGCAAACAUCUUAAAUGAUCCUUUUUCUCUUUUUUUUCGGCACCAAUUUCUGAUGAAUCCGAGCUGGAGAAAGUGGGUUGUGCAGAAAGCAAAAGUCAACCUGUUAGCGUCCCUCCUCUUCACUGUGAGGAGAAAAUUCUUCGUUUUGUUUUCAGACAAAAAACAAACACACACCCACAAUUCUGUCUGCAUAAUCAUAUUCAUAGAGGCCGGAUUAUUUGGGGGGAGACAGCCAAAUAAUGGAUUUGUGUGAACAGCUAGAUUGGACUCUUACCUCUCUCUCUGUGUGUUGGCAGCGUUCUCAUUAUUGUGUCACAGUUUUUGUUUUGGGAUUCCUCAGCUGUGAGCCGAGCUGCCAGCACAAAACAAGCGGUGGUGGAAACAGCAGACGAGGUCACCUCGCAGUUUGUGUUACGUCAGUUCGUUUUAUUAGUUGGAAAAGGGAGGCAAUAAAACAGGGCAGAUGCUUCAGCAUGAAUCAAGGUGGACACAUGCCAGACAGCAGAGAAUUUGACCAAAACGGAAGCUUGACUCACGUUUGAAGAGGCCGCCUCGAGGGCCGCCGCGUGAUGCAGCACGAGUAUUUUCAAUUAACGCAGAACAAAAGUCAGAAUGUAUUUCAAAACCUAAAUGAUCAAUCAGGGCUUUCUCGCUCUAAUGUGAUAACAGUUGGAUCAAGGCCUGAGCGGACCGGCCUCUCUUUCACUCUGAUUUAGUGGCUGAAUGAGCUCUCUCUGCGGUUUAACUGAUACUGACUGAGUGCAAAAAAAAAAGCUUCUCAUGAGGCGCAGCGUGCACUUUAUGUCACCUUUUGGAGAUGAGUACGUUAGCUCUGUGUCUUACUGCAAAAAAUUACUCAAUGAGCGUGAAAUGUUUGUCUUAUCCCAGAACUCAGAAGGGGUUUUAUUGCCAUUGUCAAUGAACAGGAUUCACAGACUAGGAAUUCUUUUUCGGCAUGAUGGUGCAACAAUAAACAGAGAGUAAUAUAAAAUACUAGAAUAAAAACUAAUAAGAGCAUGCAAGAAAUAUAUAAAGUAUAAAAGGCUAUGUACAACUAUACAAUCCUCUCAUUUACUUCUUUAUAUUCUCAAAAUAAAAGGCAGUUUUUCCGCAUACUGUGCAGCCCGAUGUUAACAACUAAAAAUCAGGUGUAAAAGGUCGUUCUUCUGCUCAAUUUCAACGCCCACUCUCAGCUAGGGAUGGGCGAUAAAUUAUCCUUCAUGAUAAGUUUUCAGAAAAAUCCUCUAUGGUAAAUAUUUACCACCUCAUGAUAAAUACGAUAAAUGCAAGUUCAUGACGUAAGUGUGAGCAACGGACUCGCAGCCAUAUCCCACACAGCGCAGAGUAACAAACAAACAUGGCCAAAGGUAAUGAAGAAGAAGUUUCUGAGCAGCUCGUUACUGAAUGAGGAUCCACUCAGUGCAAUGACGUCACUAGUUUUCUCCAUAACCUACCACUCAAACUUGUGGUUAAGUAUCUUAUUUGACGACUCCAACUGGUGUUCUCAAGACAAAAUGAGUCAAAAAUAUAGAUUGGAGUUAUAAUAUUUUUUAUCGAGACUUUUAUCAUCAUCACCAGAAUGGUUAAUCUUAUCUUGAUAAAUAUUUUAGUCCAUAUCGCCCAUCCCUACGCUCAGCUUUACUAUCAUCUCACGCUCUUGUGUGGUUUGGUCUUUGUUUUAGUCACCUGUUGUUCAUUUCAGCAGUUAUGCGCCACACUUAACCAGAAGAAAAUCUACAAACUUGUUAUAAACCGAGAGAGGGGAUUUAAUCGCUCUGCUCAAUUUUAAAGAGAGAAUCUUAAAAAUCAGUAUUCGUCACCCAUCUGGAGGCAGUUUACUUUUUAUUUCAGCUAAUGCCAAACAGGAACAGACUGCGGAGGAUGUUUUUUCCUUGUAAAACAGAAAAGCUGUUUAUGAGGUCGAUCCGUUACAAAGGUUGUAAUUGACGAGAUUUAGCUGAAAUCAAAUGGUAGCGGAGAGUAAAUAAUCACUGUGUUAAUAUGAGUGAAAUCUGAAAUCUGGCUCAGUCUGACCUGCUGGUUUCUCCGUGGUUGUUUGUGGAGGUGAAGCCCCUGCAGGACGGGGAUGUGUCGAAGCUGUGGGGCCUCUCAGCAGAUAUGUGUUUGGAUAAAUACAUUAGGCUGUUUCCUGGCUUCCACAGAGCCUGCAGUGUUUUACUCUGCCAUUCUUAAACUCAGACUGGGAACCCCGGGAUCACACACACACGCUCUUAUAAGCCCAUCCCCCCCGUCCGCCGCUAUGUUUAAGUGCUUAUAGAAUACCAGCUCUGUUCUGGGAAAGUAAAGGCUUGUUUAGAUUCGAGAGAUAACGAUCCCACUCGCUUUGGGGUUUCUCUCUCUCUCUCGCUGCAUCCACGCAAUAUUUUGACAUAAAUAACGUUGUUGCUUCUCUGAGAGCAGAACAAGGAGGAGAAACACGAAGGGCUCGUCUGGCUUUUGAAAUAUAAUCCCUGCUCUAAUGUCCGACCCCCCCACCACUACCCCCACCUUCAGACAGAAUAUUUAGAUUUCUGUGAUGGAGUACAGCAGCGCCUUUUGUGUGGCGUGGAAGGUAUCGCUCUCUGAAUCACGUAUGAAAACAUGUGUGUGAAGCGUGUACACACUCAGACUGACAGACACACACACACACACAGUGGCAGUUACAGGCUAAUGCUCAGGAACGUGACCCUGAAGUCAAAGUGUGUUUUCUCCAGAGCAUGGGACGUCUCCUCUCUCUCUCUCUCUCUCUCUCCCUCUCUCCGUCUGUUUGUCUGUGAGCGAGCGACAGACUCACUCCAGCCAUGUUUGUGUCUGGUUUAUUUUUCUGUGCCGUCUGUGUUUUUUCUCUCUCUCUCUUUCUCUCUUUCGUUCCUUCUCUCCCUCUUCUUCUUCGUCUCCUGAAAUGAAAUGCUCAGCAACUUGGAACAUAUGCUUCGAGUUGGGACACUAAUGGCUUCAAAUCCAAUUUGAGCAGCAGGAUCUGGGCCAGACUGCAGGGAGAGCCUGACGCACAGACGCAGACAGACAGACAAACGGACAGAGAGUUGAAACUAAAAGCGCUGCAGACUGGAGAUCUGGAGGGUUUUUUUUUUUGGACAUUUGAGUCCUUAGUUAGCCUGAAAAGACGUAUUAAAAUGUUGCUCAUACUGUCGUUGAACUCGAGGAAUCGUUUUGUUGUAAAAUAAUUGCUCCCUGCAGUUUUACCCUGAAAUCAGCUUUCAAGGUUUUUGAGAUUUUACCCCUGGAAGUAAAUUCUUGUGAGCUCUCGUUGUUUAGAGCCACAGUCACAGCCCUGGUAAAAGUUUUUACAUGAGCUGUUCCUCCUUGCAGAACUCCAAAAUUAAGAGACGUUCACCUCACGAGGCAUCAGAUCUUCACGUUAAAGAAGCUGGAAAGUGCAAAAUCUUCUCUGUAUUUUCUCGACAAAGACGAGGAAACUGUGUGUUCAGCUUCUGCACACCAAUCUUUGCGAUUUAUGCCAAAAAUAAGAUGAAAUAAUGUCUCUGAGUCUGCAGUGGGACUUGAACGUAUCCUGGAAUAAAAUGGCUGCAUGAAGCAUCAGAGCGAGAAAGCUAAUCCAAACCCCUAAAUAACUCCGAGCUAAUUAGAUGCACCGUGCUAGCCCGUGCAGGGAUGAUGUUGUUUGUGGCUAAUCUUGAUCGCAGAUGUGUUGACAUUUGUCACUCGGUGACUUAACUGCGUUACGACAUUAACGCCUUUAAGAGUGUUAAUUUAUUUAGUCUCAACCGGAUGGACGGGCGCUGCAGCACAGCAGAGUCAGAGGAGGACGCCGCUGCGAGGAUCAGUGAUGGCAGAGCGUCCGAAGACCGCGCUUUUAAAUCAGCUAAUUUAACAAAUGAAUGAUCGAACCGCGGGAUCUGAGGCCUCUUAAAUCAACACUCGAUACCAGAUACAUGUUAGCCUCUCAUUUUAAGGUACAAGUGCCUCUUUUUGACUCUGACAUUAAACAAAAUAAAUGCACAAGAAUAAAAUACAAAAAGCCGAAUAAUAACUGUGAUCUACAGAGCAGAUUUAAGAAAUAAGAUGUGUCUUUUCUUCAUGGAACCUUUUGCUGCAGGUAUAUUUUUGAGACUGGACGAUCAAACACUGAAAUAAACCAGUCCUAUCUUCAUUUUUUUUGGCCUUCUUGGACAAGAGAGGGUUAAAAAGUUGUGUAUUAAUUCUGCAGAUGGUUUGCAUUUAAGCCUCUAUCCCUGCUCGACAGAAAAACAUCGGUGAAUUAUUUAUGCUCAGCCCUGAAUUUUCAUGUACAACCUAAACGUUUAGAGGAAAACCAAAUAAUGGCUCUGGAAACUCGUUUGUUGCAAAGUAUGACCCUGCAAAAGUCUGAAAAAAGUGAAAAAAAACUCAUAAAGUCAUAAAAUGUCUUUAAACAUGAAAUAGUUUUUCCACUUUUUAUUUUGUUGUUUUCAGAUUUAAACACAGGCAGUGAUAUCAAGAUUAUACUGUAAGGGACACUUUAACUUGAAAAUAUUAUAUAUAAUUUCAGAGUCCACUACUGUCCAGAGAUUCACAGAGAGGAUGCCUCUCCUUCCUCGAUCAAACAGACGGUCCUUUCCUUUCAUUUGUUGGCAGAGUUUGACCCUCAAGUCUUAAAAAAUAUUUUAUCCAUUUAUUGCAAAAAUCUGCAUGUAAGAAGUCUUAAAUUUGACAUGACACUACGGCUGAGACAUAUCAGACUUCCUCAUGAAAUCUGCUCUUUAGUCGGUGCGAUCUAGUUUUAUAGACAUUGUAGAUGUUUAGGAAAGCAUAUGCAAUUAUUUGAUUUAAAGGUGAAAGGUCACAGCAAUGACUUUGAGGCGACUUGGAAACAGUUUAUAUAAGGUUUAAAACUUCAAGUAUAAAGUAGGGCUGGACGAUAAACUGAAAAUUUACUGAUACCGAAAUUUAAAACAAUAACCGACGUCAUUUUGCCCAUGUCGGUAUAUUCAGUGUCAAAUAAAUAAAUAAAUUAAUAAAAGUUGGUUUUGGAUGUGUGUAGGUAGGCUCAUGGUCUCAUGUCCCUUUAAGACGCUGUCCUACGUCAGAGACGUGACCCCGGCCCAUUAAGUUAAGUUAAAUUUGUUGUUUCUUCUACUGUGCAGUUACAGCAUCCUUCUUCUAAGUUUGGGUUUCUUCUACCUCAUCUUUUGUUUUCACAUUCAGGAAAAGUCUGAGUUUAUUAACUCUGAGCAGAUGUAACUUUGUGGUGUGAACUGAUUCAGCAGCAGAUGAUCAGAAACGAGUGUUUUCUUGAUGCGUCCCGACGAGCUGUCUGUGUCAAAUUCUGUUUCUUGUUUUCCUCUCUCCCGGCUCCUGUUGUUUACUCCCUGUACAAAACUUCAUUUACUCCAGACACCUGAGCUCAAUCCGUCCAUUUGUAAUGCUUUUAGAAACGGAAACUCUUAAACAGCAGCCCUCAUACCGGAGAAGAAGAAAAAGAAAACACUCCUUCUCCUCCAGAUGCCUUGUUAAUUAUUCCCGCCUUCUGCAUAAUUUAGGAGCUCGUAAGUAUGAAUCAUUUAAUGACGCUGCCGCCUGCAUCCACACACACACUCACACACACACACACACACACACACACUGGAAAGUGAGGAAACAGCACAGGAGGAACACAACCUUCACACUCGUUUUAAUACCAGCCUGCUUUUUAUUAAUGAACUUCCUGCUUUUUUAAUGCGCCGUGCUUCCUUUUCUUUGUGCGGCUCGGCUCUGCUGUAAACGUGGUCGAGGAAACGGUCCCAGUUAUGAUUUUAUAGGAAGUGUUUCUGCACAGUCAGAGGCCUCACUUUCACAGCUGCUGCUUUUACACAUGCACUCUGUAAACACAACGAUUUUUACGCCGUUUCCAUGAGUAUAUUUGUUUUACGGGAGGAGGGAGGAUGCUCAGCAUGUGACAGAGAGGAGCUGGGAUGAUAAUUAAACAGGACAUUUCUAUCUCUGGGUUGGAAAUAGUCGCUUUUCUGCACAUGUGACUCCAUUUCAGCACAAAUGGAAAGUCCAAAAAGAGAUCCAGAGUCUUUUUUUCUUUUCUUUUUGCAUCAUGUUGUGGAGUAAACAAGUCCAACCUUGUUUACUGAAACCCUUCAGCAGCAGGGGCCGCUUUGAAGAUGUGAAAGCUCAGAAAAUUGGCAAUUUAAUUGUGGAAAAUGUGUGACUUUCAAAAGGCGAUGUGGACUUUUAAGAACUCCCUGUGUUGUCUAAUUUACUGUUGAAGACAUCAGAAGGGUCGCUGCGUGUUCACCCUGCAGCUAAUAGACCUCAAACAUGAACACAAACGCCCAAAAUGUUCCUUAUUUUGUUUUGAGCGCAUCGGUUAUUAUCACUUCAUGUUUUUGCGUGUUUCGCCGCUGAACCAGUCAUUAUAGGACAACAAAGCUGGGCUGUGUUUCUCAUUUUUCCAAAUAUUGUCACCGCCACUAUAAAUAAAACUCAUUUGUCUCGUUUUGAGGAACCUUGGAGAGCUCAGACAUUCACUUUUUUCAGCAAGUCAGAAGGUUUUCUCUGUCUUUAUUAGUUUGUGGUGCCGCGGCUGUAGCCUGAAGGUAAACUCUGCCCAAAGUCUGUUCUUCUUUGUGGUCGUCUGGUAGAAAACCAAAACAUCUUCCCAAUGACAGAUGCGGAUCCACUUUUAGGAGCUCAAACAUGUUCAGGAUUUGUUCUCUAACCUCGAACUGAUCUGUUUUUUUUUCUGAUUCUGUGUUUCUCAUUACUCUGAUUUUCCACAGAUAUUUGUGUGAGGUUUGUUUUAAUGGGUCACAUGGUCCUGAAUGGUCAUGUGAAGUAGAGAGAUCCAGAUUUUCUAAAUUUCACCCUCAUCUUUAAACUUUUUAUGGUUUUAAAUCGAUUGAGCACGCUGGAAAACCACACGAGACUGAUGGUUUCGAGGCAGGUUGAUAGAUAUUCCCUUAUCUAUAAAUUUAGACCCCGUUCUUACAAGUUUAGGAUCAAAAUGACUGACAGUGACAAAAAACUUCGAAUCAGGAUUUAUUUGCUAAAAUGUCACGAAAUAGAUAGAAAACUGGCAAGCUGUAGAGGAAGACGAGCAACUCCAGUUCGACUUAACUCGCCUGUCUUUGUAAUGGACUUUCAAACAACCAAAACGAACAAAGUGCUGUACAUGAACAGACAAGAAAAAAAAACAGACAUUAAAACAAUAGAAGACAAGAGAUAAAGCAAAGCAGAUGGUAAACACUGUAAUAAUUGUUUCAUUGUUUUUAAAAACGAAUUCAAAAACAAUAGAAACGACUAAAAACAAACCAUGAAACACCAAAACAGGAGCAGAGUUGAAAGCCAAGGAAUUAAAAUGGGUCUUAAGACGAGUUAAAAAAAAAGAUUUGAAAUGAAAAAUAAGUUAUUUUACAAUUUUCUUUUUGUUUUGUUUUUUAGCAGAUUCACGCCCAUGUCUCCACUCAUGGGAUUUUCAUGUUCAAAAUCGAUAUAUUUUUUUCAAAUUUAAGAAUAAAUCUUAAAAACUGACUUACAUGUGAUGUGUAUUUUUUGGGGGCAAAUAUGGCUCCUGGAAUAGUCAGUAGACAAUCAUAAUCAUUCAACUGUUUCAAUGGUGUUAAAAAUGCAGACUAAAUAUCGAGAAAAUCAACAAUAUCCUAGAAUCGCAAGUUAAAUCUAAUUGGCAUCCAAAAAACCAUAGAAGAAUUGAAUCGGGAGAAAAACAUACUGUCCCAGCCCUACCUGGUCCAUGUAUGUUUUCUGUUAGACUGUUGAGUUCGCUGCACGGUCAAAGUGAGCAAAUAUUGAAUGGGUGUUUGUAUCAUUUGACUUAAAUCAUCGUUAGUUCAAGUUCAGACUCUAGUGUGUGUUUGGCUUGGAGUGUGAAAUGACAAUAAGACUAUCUGUCUAUUUCUGGUUGUUUAAAGACUGCACAGAGAAAACCGAGCGGUCUGCCUGCUGCAGGUUUACCUCUCCCCUUGUCGUCUCUCAUUCUGUUUCCCUCCUGAACAGUUUGCAGAAGAGCAGCAGCCGGUCCGGCUUCAGCUCUCAGGAGAACAAAGAGCCGGUCCCAUUUGUGGCCUUUUGUUUCUGUCAGGAGUGGAGGGGCUUUUGUAACAGGAGAACCCUUGAUUAAGUUCCCUCUCCACCCCUGACCCGCUGCUGCAGCCCCGGCGGGACGAUGGCGGCGGUGGUUGCGGUCGAGGAGGGGGUUAAGUGAGGGUUGACAUUGGACAGGUCCGCUGUUUGUGGAGAUUGAAGUCUUUUUGAUGUUUCCAGCCUGGCAUCACAGGGCGCGAUCUCUCGGUGAUGUCACUUCCUGCUAGACUUGGAGUGGAUGGAAAACUGCCAAAGCCUGCAAGUCCUCAAUGUGACAAGUCCUCUGGACUGUUUGGUUCGUCUUUACUAGAAAUCAGUGUUUGGUUUAUAGUCGGCAUGAAUCAUUUGUAACAGUCAGUCAUUAUAUUUGUGAAACUUUAAACUGAUUGUGUGUUUUAUUCUAAAUGUGAAUGCAGUUUACUCGAGAUAAGAAAUCUAGUACUUCUUCGAAACGAUCCGACAUAAAGAGUUGUGUUCAAGUUUCUGUCAUUAUCACGGUUUUGUUCAGUCCGACAGUUUUAAUCCUGCAACACAAGAAGCCUGUUUCAAGCAUCGUGCAUAAAAGUACAGCCCUGAAGCGUUAAAACUCAGUCCACAGAGGAAAACAGUCAAACAGCAGGUUACGCCUCUCUGUGGUGGAUUUACUCCUAAUGUUAGAUGUUGUUCUGUGACUUUUGUGCUUUUACACAGUUAAUAAGUUAAAAGGAUAUUUUAGAAUAAAAUUAACUUAUUGUCAAACACACCGUAACAACGAGUUAGACACCACCUCAAGAGAUGAAUGUUGCCGACUGCUUGCUUCUCUAGCUAUACCAAUACCACCAGACUUACUAAACAUCUUAAAGUCCAGUUUUGGUCCGUUUGGCUUGAAUUUGUCGGCAGUAUUUCCUAGAUUUACAAUCUGAUCCGCGCACAGGGUUUUAUUUUGAAAUUAACUGGAUGGUAAAUGCCGUUUCCGUCCAGGCUGAUCCAGAUCGUGAAACAAAUCCCGGACACUUUCUGUGAAACCUUUGCUUGACUAGAAUAAGGACAGAUCCACUCCAGAGGUUUCUCCAAUGCUUCCAGGGGUUAUCAGGAGUGUUUUUUGUUGCAAAAUCUGCGAUAAAUUUGGCAUUUUAUAACCACUUCAUUAGAUAAACAUUUUCUCUUUAGUAUAAAAACAUAAUUUUCUACAAACAGCUGACCUAUAAGUUUGCUAAAAUUGUAAACUUUUUUUUAUUUUAGUGCCAAUGAAUGAAAGAAUGUUUGAGAUCUUAAAAAGAAAAUCGUAUUUUAAUUUAUAACUCAGUGACUGACUUUUAACUCCAGGUUUAGUCUCUUCAGAAACUGUGAAUACUUCUCAGAGAAAAUGGUUCAAGCUCAAGAGUCACAAGCUAAAAAUUUCAACCCAGAAAUUACUUCUUUGAGUCACCGCUCUAUAAGCUGAUAAAAGAAAAAGAAAAAAACUCAAAAUAGCCAGAAAAUUGUCUUCGAAGCUCGUCUUUUCGCCGUCAGGACCUUUAUUUUCGUCUGCUGUGAUUCGUGUUGUCAGUCCAGGUGAACUACACUCCCUCGGUUUAUUCUCUGAGCAGUCUGCUGGUCGGUGCCUGGCCCCGGGGCCACGUCGUGCCUGUCUCCUCAGCCUUCCUCCCAUCAGCCCUGCAGCCAGGCCGACUGUCAGCAGCACAAUUAAGGGCUGUGCCGUAAUGAAAGGGGCAUUAGCAGAAGCAAUUUAUUUCCCAGCGCAGCGCCGGAAGGUUUCUCUGCUGCUGAUAUUCCAACGCAGGCUUUGUGUGCCUUAUUCUGCCAUUAUGGGAGACAUGAGGAGGACGCAUCCUGCCUGAACAAAUGGAGUGGAGGAGAGGGGAGAAAGAGGAGGGGGUGCAUCAAGGCUAAAGGGAAAUUGUCUCCUGUUCUUGAAAAUCAAUUCUGCUUUAAAUAUUCUUUACACUGUGCUCCUGCUCCUCUUCGUGUGUUUCCUCCUCCUCCUCUUCCAUCCUUCUGCAUCUGCUUUUUUACCUUCUCUGUCCUACCUUUCCCUCAUUCUCCCCUCAACAACCCCACCAGUCCCACCCCCACCCCGCCACACUCCUCCCCGUUAUUCCUGUGUUCAUUUUGUCCCUCUGAAGUUUAUUGAAUUAGCGCAGACAGCUGAAAUGCAGAAGAUAAGAGAGGCGCUCUCUCUGCUCCUCUCUGAGAAAUGGUAUUGCACCGUGGAUGAGUGAGCGGUGUGUGUGUGUUAGCGCGCGUGUGUGUGUUUGAGGGGGAGGGGAGCUGAUGCAGAGGUUAUAGACAGAGGAAAUGGGGAGCAUUGUGUUUUGAUGUUUUUCCUGAAAGAGCGAUAAAGACAGUGUGAGCUCAGUGGAGGAACAGCAGCUAUUUCGUCUCCAGUUCAGCUGUGAUUAUCUCUUAAAUGCACCAUUUUGGAGUGCCGGACACACAAACAUCGAAUUUUCUCUGAUGGUCUUUGUUAAGAAGUUCGAUAAAAGACAGAGAGAGGCCCCAUUUAUGGCUGUGUUGUGAUUUUAGUUCCUGGUAUUUCUGAGAGCAGUACAAACUCAAGUCACAAAGUCAAGUUUUUAUAUCAGUUAAAUAUUGAAUUGUUUGAUUUAACAAGCAAGACGGGCUAAUUAUUUUAUUAGUUUUGUAUCGCAGUUUAGCAAGUUGAAACCCUGCUACCAAAUUGUGAACAAAAAGUCACAUUUAUCCUUUAUUUUAGGUGAAAUGUACAAUUUCUUACUUCUCUGGAUCAAAGUGUCUGUUUUUAGAGGAGCACUCGGAGAGUUAAAGUAAAAGACCUAUAACCCGCAUGAAGACUUUAAUUGUGUUCAGUAAUGUGCAGUUUUUAUGUAGAUGUGUAGCAUCUGUUAUAACCCAGUUUCCACUGAGCACUCAGAACCAAUUCGCUGAGACUACCUGGGUUAAAUUAAGUGUAACCUUUAGGUAGGGCUGCAUGAUUUUGGCCAAAAAUAAAAUCUCGAUUUUUUUUUUCAAUUUAGAUUUUUUAGUUCUUCACCAAACUUCACGAACAUGAGGCGUGAAUUUUAACCUCACGGACAUGCAGGCACCAUAAAAGAGUUAGCCCUACCUUUAGGAUAAAUUGACUUAACAGUAUUUCUCACGUAUUCAUCAUGCUUUGUGUAUUAAAGCAGUCGCUCUUUACAAGAAAACACCCCUCUCUUCAUUUUAAACUGGUAUAUAAAAACAAAGUGAUCUUUGUCGGCGUCUUGGACCCUGAGUAAUCAAGGUUUUUGUAGUUUUUGUCUUUUUGAUCGUCUUUGAAUCACAGAGUCUUGAAGACUUGAUCCUGUUUUUGAUGUAUGGAGGCAGCAGCUUUAGUUGAUUAGCAGUCUAUUUCUUCGUGUCACCUCUGACCUUGAAGGUUUUAGGCGGCUGGGUCCGUGCUGAUGGUCUUAUUGAAGAAAAAUCAUUAGCAGGAUGACUUCAUUAACAAGGACAGGGUAGGGGGGAGAAGGAGGAGGCUAAUCCUUCAGCAGCAGCAGCAGGUGGUGGCAGGUAGAAAAUGGACAGAAACCAUCACAGGACUUUGAUUGACACAUGUUUGUGUCUGGGACAAGUGGCACGCUCAGGGGUCGUUGACCUCAUUAACCCUGGCAGGACGAGGAGGGGGCUGCCAAGGAUGACCGGAACCAAAACUCAAGUGUACACGGAGAAAAUACCCGACUCCGGACCCGCUCCAGUUAAAGAAAGCUGAAUCUAAAUGCAGCGAUCAACAAGAUAUAAGACGGCCGUAUGCUGCCAGCUUUGUGGUCGCAGUUUAAGGAAGUCAGCGCAGGAUCUGACCGAUGAGCUCUGACUGCAGGAGAGCAAAUCCCUGCAGCUGGAUUCAAUAUCUGUUUGAAGAGCUAAGGCUGUAUUAACGGUUUUCUGAAUAAUAUGUGGGUGUAAUAGUCGUGAGUUUACACCCUCUCAUCGAUCGCUCACAUGCUUGUUGUUUUGCGGUUUAAAAUUCCUGCCAGUUUAUGGUAUUUAUGUCAUGAGCACAGUCUUAGAUUGCAAUUUUUAAAAGUUUCUAUAGAUUCAAAUGAUAUAAAAGCUAAAAGGGUGUUAUAAUGACAAUUCCCAUAAGAAAAACAAAGCAUAAAGCCAGAGCAAAACAAUGAAACCAAGAAGAGACAUGAAGAAACCAAGAGCCUAUCGAAUGAAGCUGAAAAACUCAUCAUAACACCAGAAUAAUCUCCUGAUUUUUCUGUCCUUUCAUUCUGCAGUAAAAUUGUGUUUCUCACUUUCGCAAUCAACCAAAAUGACGAUCUUCCCUUCCUGAUGUCAGGCUGUGUUUGCAUGUUUUAUGUCCUGGUGAAGAAGCCCUCUGUUAUAAUGAUGGAAAGCAGCGGUUAGAGGUGACUAUCGCUGUGAUAUAUUAGCAGGACAGGUUUUUGGACCCGCAGCAGCUUCGGCAGGAUUUCAGAAAAAGAAAAAAAAACCUAAAGGAAGUGUUGUAAUCAAUCACAAUGAUUAUGUGGCCUCCUUAAAGAGCUGUGCGAGUCCGAGUGACUUAGCCGGCGACCUCCUUAUCUGCUGCGGGUGAAGUGUCUUGUUUGAAGAAGCAAGCUCAGCCUGAACUUUGACCCUGUUUACUUGUGUGUUUUUCCAAAAGGCCAGGGAGCCAAGUGUUCUCAGUCAAAGCGAAUAUCCUCUUGCAGACAUCGCAGAGCACUCCUCCUUCCCUCCCUCUGUCUCUCCCACGCUGAUUUAUACGGCUCCCUCUGUUCUCCUCUUCCAUACCACACAUGCAACCAAUAACCGAGCGCAUGGGUUUAAUCCAGUUUUCCACUAUUUGGUUGUUUCACAUCUCGCUCCUGUAGAUUUCUGAUCUGCGAACGCUCCUGAGAAGGAACCCCAAAAUCGACAUCCUUAUUUUGACUUUAAAGCAGAGCCGAGUGAGACUGAGCUUCACUGACGGUUAAUAAAAGAAGAUGGAUAACGGGCGAUUGGAAGAGUUUGGGCAUCUGUAGCAUGUGUUGUUCUGAUUAUAGGCGGUAUUUAUAGUAUAUAUGGAAGGGCCAAAUAUCCACAGAUUUAUGAACGCAUGAAUUUUCAUGUCAUAUAAGUGGAACUUUAAAUUUCAGCUGGUACAAGGGCACAUGUUCGUCUCAGCUGAGAGUCUUUGUGAUGUUGAAUUGGUUUUCUAAGUGUAUCUAACAGUUGCAGAGCUAGCACCACCAGCCUUCCAUCUUUCGUGCACAUGCCCGUGCCCGUUAUGCAUUCCUCCAUAUCAGUGGUUUUAUAUCAGUUUAAUCAGACACAGCCUUCAUGCAACUAAUGAUCUCCAUUUGCUGCAUCAAAAUACAGCUGAACCACGUCGGGCUGCAAGAUCCUAUCCAUCAUCUGUGUUGGUUUACAGUCCAGAUAUUCGAGCAUUAUCGGGGAUGGGUCUUAAACUGGAGAUGCAGCCCUGGCUUGUUGUGAUUGGCUGGGCUGUCAACAUUUAGAUGAUAUUUGAGGCCUACGUUAAAAAAUUCCAAAUAUUAAAAAGUCAUUUAACAGACCAGAAUUGUUAUCAUUUAGCCGCUUGUAUGAGCCAUACCAAAUAAGACAUGAAUUGGGUAUCAGAUCGGAUCCCAGUUACAUAUCAUACAGUAUAACCGUUUCACAUAUAUCAUAUCUUAUUGUAUCAGAUGUACUGUAUAGGGCUGUAAUUAACCGAAGAAAUUCUUAGUCGACUAAGAUUCUGAAAUUUUUGACCAAAAAUCAACUCAUUUGAGGGGGGUGUCCCGACUCUGACAGCAAACCUCUCUGCGGUGGGGGACGAUGCGACUCGGCAACGUGCGGCUUAGCGCAGUGAAAAUAUAUUUAUAUCAGCACAAGACGCCAAUUAAACACAAAAGGCUAACGUGGACGCUCUUCAAUCUUUCUAUCUCCAGCCGGUCUUCAGUGGGUUGGGCGAAUCCAAAAUGGUGAAAACACCCCCAUUAGCACUUGGUACGUUCCUCCUGAUUAAAUUAACCAUAGACUGUAAUUUGACGCAAAAAAAUCGAGUCUACUAAUUAGAAUUUUGGUGGACUCAGCACAUAUCGACCAAUAAGUCGACCAGUCGACUAGGACUUUACAGCCCUAAUGCCAAGUACCUCUUUCAUGGUAUAGUAUCGUAUAACUCUUCGUAUCCUAUUGUUUUAUAUUGUAUCUCGUCGUAUUUUAACUAAUUGUAUCAUAUUGUAAUUCAUUGUAUCAUAUAUCAUUAAGUAUUGUAUUAAAUCGUGUCUCAUUAUCGUAUUUUUUUGUAUCGUAUUGUUUCACUUUUCGGUGUCAUGUUGUAUUGCCUCUCAUCGUAUUAUAUCGUUUUGAUUUCUAUUGCAUCGUAUCACUGUUUUUUAUUGUAUCCUAUCACAUUCGAUUGUUUUCAUAUCAGAUCAUAUUGUAUCAGCUCACCAUCCAAUCGUAUCACACUGUUUUGUAUUGUGUCCUGGUGUAUGGUAUUCGAGUGCGUGUUUAUGCUGUUUUACUCAGUAUUUGUUCUGCGUCUUAAUUAUCCCGAAUUGUCAUUGAGAAUAAAUCUAAAAUGACUGAUGAAUUCCCCCAGCUCUUCGGUAAACCUGAUUUAAAGUAAAACUGAAGGUGAAAAAGAACAAACCAGAAAAAGUCUUUGUUCAAAAAUGUGAGCUGUGAAUUUUAAAGUGAAGAAAACAAGAAGAGCGUGACGGUAAAAACCAACAGUCCUGCUGGUGUUGAGUAAAUUCAGAGAAAUGAGCGUUGAUGCUUUUAAAGUGAAUCCGUGUUGACUGUUUCCCAAAAUGGAGACGUGUAAAAUGUGCAAACAUCUUGAAGCGUCUUCUCACCGUGAUUUCUUGCAGCUGUAGGUGAGGAGAAGUUAAUGCGCUGAGGUUUCUCUGCUGAGGGAUCACAGCCUUUUCCUCAUCCAGCAGAUAUUUUUGCAGCCGCAGACCUCGGUUUUGUGUCAGCUUCAAUGUCAUGGCGGAUUUGAGAGUGUGCUGCCGCCCUCCUCCAGCGCAUUAGCAUUUCUCCUCUCUCUCUCUCUCUCUCCUCCGCUCCUUCCCCUCCACAGUCUUCCCUCUGAUGUCACGCCGAAGCUCAGACAUGUUAACACAAACCUUCAUGCUAACACGGUUCACUUCGCCGCUGGAGAAUAUUCUUUUACCUGCUGCUGGAGCGCGGUGAGACUUUUUCAUUUUCACCGUCUCCGUUUACAAUAGAUCAGAGGCCUGUGCUGCGCUGCUGAACUCCUGAACUCCUGUAUACAUUACUAAUGAACCUCUGGAUUGUUAAACAGUCGUAUGUUAACAGGAAAGACAGGGGCCCUGGCUCUUUGUGCGUGUGUGUGAGACUUAUGCAGCACUAUCAUGAAGGUUUCUUGGCCCGGGCCCGCUCUAAUUGAUAGGGGCUGCUGGUAUUUACUUACAUUCUCAGGGUGGAUUAAAUCUCAAAGGAGAGGGGAGGAGAUGGAGCUUGUUUUUCUGCGGGCUUUGUUUUAAUAUGCACGCUCGUGUGUGUGUGCACACAUAUAUAUUUAUGGAUAUCAGUGUGUGUUUUGUCAUCCCAUGUGGUUCUGCUGUCGUCCGUCCUCCGUGACGAGAACUGUCGAAUCCUGUAAAGCUGCAUGACGUCCAGGCACCACAGAGCACCAAAUCUAAUCACCAGCUUCACUGUAAUGUAUGUGCUCUCCGCAGGCUUAGGCUAAUGUGUAUUUCUCCAUCUAUAUGAGAGCACGGAGGCUUAUUUACUGGACACAGUCAAUAGUAAAUAUCAUUAUCUCUGGAGCUAGUAUUUCACUUUGGUCUUGUGUGGUUGAUACAAAGUCCAGCUCUGCUCGGGUAACGGAGAAGCCAGCUCUGCUCCGGUGUUUCAGGAGGUUUCUGCUCGACUCCAACAGAGAUUUAAGGGAUAGAGGGGGAAAGAGACAGCUGACAAAAAAUCAGAAGCACAAAAUGUCCGUGCUGGACACUGUAGACACAAAGCUUUGGCCUUCAAUCCGAACACCAACUUCAAUCAGCUGACAGCUCAUUCAGUUAGGUUUUCUAUUUUAACCUGCUUUCUCCUUCCUCCACCCCAGCUUCUCUUUUUUUUACACAGCGUUUAAUUUUAUCAGCGGGGUCUUUGCUGCUGCUCUCCCUGCUGCAGGAUUUUCACAUAUGCUUAUUAAACAGGACCAGUUUGCUCUUCCUGUCGCAGGCUUUCUCUGCCGUUCCUCAUCAGCACAUAAAACAGCCGUAUCCCCAAAUAUAACAGGCCACAUGCAAAUGAGUCCUAAUUUUUAAUAACAGUGGUCCUGACUGACCUGUCUACUUUUAACCUUUGGAUCAUGGAUACAAAACAGCUGCAACAUCUUUGAAACAACUCUGAAACUUUUUUACAGUGAAGCCGAUUAUCAACAGACUGGCGUUGAUGCUUUAAAACCUUUAUUUAAACUCGGGAUAGGGCUGGGCGAUUUGACCUCAAAUCAAUAUCACGCUAUAUUAAGCCGUUCACCUCUACAACGAUAAAUGGAUGAUAAUUACUCCACAAGCUGUUCAGCCCCUCCCACAUUAACUUCGUCUACUUCAGCCGCUACAACUUUUGAACCGUCCUCCAUCUCCUCACCUGUCUUUCCCUCUUUGUUACGGACUGGAUGGGGCGGAGUCACGUCUCUGACGUAGGACAGCGUCUUAAAAGGGACAUGAGACCAUAGCCUACCUACACACAUCCAAAACCAACUUUGAUUUAUUUAAUUUUUUGACAACAAAUAUACCGAUAUGGGCAAAGUGACGUUGGUUAUUGUUGUAAAUUUCUGUAUCGGUAAAUUUUCAGUUUAUUGCCCAGCCCUAACUCAGAUUGACGUUCAGGUUUUCUGUCCUUAUCAGAGGGGAAAAAACAAAAGCAAACUGAGGUGAAAUGAAAGCAUUUAUAUGUUUCAUGUGUCUGGAGUUGAAGGUGGAUUUUCCAAGUUCAGGGAAAACGUGUCCCACAGUUAGCAGAUGGUCCUGUUUAAUGUAGAUGAGAUGACAACUAUGUAGAUCCCGACGGAAACUCUGGUCCUGAGUUGCUCCAAUGUUACUGUCCCAAAUAAAUAGGUGUGUAGGAAAGUAUAAAGGAUCCGUGAUAUGAAUAGAAAACCUGCCGCAUAUGAUGAAGUGUUAAACAGAUGGCAACUUUCCUCGCUGUGAGGAGUUAAAUUUACUGCAAAGUUUAUUCAGAAAAACAAAUGGAAAUGAUUUUAACAGACCUUAAGGUUACUAAGAGUCACCAGAUCUCAUUAUUAUUAUUAUUAUAAUUAUUCUUAGUCACCUGUUUGUAAAUCCGCCCACCCAGGCUGGAUCCGUGUGACCACAGGCGGUGACUGCAGAUGGCUACAUGCGCACAGAGGCUACAAGCUACAGAUGGCAACCAGCUUGUCCACCGUUUAGCUACCACUAACAAGACCUUCCAGCUGACUGUUCAUCUGCAAAACAGAACAACAACAGAUCCCAGCUUCUGGUUUUGGAGCCUUUUCACAUCCUGUAUUCUGUCAUAGAUGAAAAAAGAAGAAGAAAAACAAGGAGGGAGACAGCUUCCUAAACCAGACCUCAAAUGUUGCCUCCUCCCAAAAAAACAAGACCGUCUUUUGUUCCAGGUGCUUAUUUUCUCCAUCUCUGUUAACGACGUCUCCUCCAGUCAGGAACCUUUUGAUUUCACCCACGUCUGCGGCUGUUUGUGCGCACAUGCAAGUUAACUCUUCUCGCGUGUGUGUGUGUGUGUGUGCUUGUCAGGUUGGAGAUUGCGGCGUUGAUUAUGUGUCUGAUGUUGUCGACGGAGUGACAUCCCCUCUAAUGAAAUAAUGGUGUAGUGGCAGAGUGCUGGAAGAUUGCACAUUGUAGACUUCAAUUACAGACAAGAUGAUUUUUUUUCUCUCUCCUCUCGUUCCUUUCAGUCAGCAGGAAGUACAGGUUUUUCUUCCUUUUUAACCGACGUCCUUACAUCGAACAAAAAGGCUGGAGAAAAAGCUCUUUCCAGCCAGACUCGCUCUAAGUGUUUUUUCUUCAGAUAAUGGACGGAAAGGACAUGGCAUGCUUUAAUUCACCGUCUCUUUAGCCAAUCAGAUGCCACAAAACAUCCAUUGCCCUCAUCGUGUGCGCAAAUCAACCUGAUUGCUGGUUGUUUUCCAGGCCGAACCACACAUUUCUCAGCGCUGUAAUGUCUCCUCUUUUCUUCCCGAUGCUUUUUGCUCUGCUGCAUGCAUUAUUCUGCGGGCCGUGUUAUUUAUUUUGCACAACAAAUGAUCUUUCUGAGGUUUCUACUUUUCAGCUGUUCACCUUCUGCUGUCUGGUGUGAAAUUAGCAUACAUUUCCUCCAAAUAUGCCUCAGAAUAAGGAGCACUUUUUUUCAAAUAACAGAGAGGUUCUCUGAAUUCUUGCUUUUUUUCCCUUUUGUUAAAGAGGACAGUUUAAUAAUUUAGCAGGAAGAGAACUUUAACUUUUUUUAUGUUGGUGGAGUUUGGUUUUAUUUUUUUUGUGAAAGCGGUAACCCUGUUUUUGGGGGGGUUAGAAAUCAUUUUUAUUUUUACGCCAUGACCCUUUACAGCCAUGAGCAGGAUUACAAAGACAAAGCUCAAGGACUGAAAUUAUUCACUAAAGUCUGGGGUAAAACUUUAAAUGUAACUGAUAACGGUAUCAGGAUGCAGGAGUUCAGAGUUGAAACCCUCCAUCUGUGUCCCCUUUACAUUUUCUCAUGAACAAAUAUUUGUGGGGGUGAAAAUACGCCUAUGUAUCUCUCUGUGUUUUUAUAUCAGUGAAUUUUAAAUUUAAAUUGUUGUUGAUGCGGACGAUCUUUUUUGGUUGUGGUCCGUUUUUAGUAUUUAAAAUACCUUUUUAAGGAGAAAAAAAUAAAUCUUUAUUUAUAUAAUGCCAAUUCACAACAAGUUAUGAGAAAAAGUCGGUCUAGACCAGACUCUGUGUGAGGAUUGGGCCCCAUCCUGUAAGAUCGGACCCUCUCCCAUCCCAUCUCCAACCACUUUGCAGCAUUUAUCAAGUUACAGUGAGGGGGGAGAACUUCCUUUGACAGGCAGAAACCUUGAACAGGACCAGACUGAUGUUAGACAGACAUCUGCUGAAACUGAGUUGGGUUAAGAGAGGGGAAGAGAGGGAGACAGAGAGAGGUGAGACUGAUGCACAACCAAAACCUUGUUGAAUCAGGCUGUAAGCAGGUUUAUUUCUGCUGUAAAAUUGUGCAUUUCUGCACAGGACCUAAUGGGGAUUUUGUCGCUUUUGUAUCAAGCUUGAGGAACUGCAGUUGAUUUAUUUAUUUAUAUUUUUCUGCAUUUGCUUUAUCAGUCCCACCAGGAUUUCGCUGGCUUAUUUUUGUGAUUGUUGUGGCCUGAAAUGCCUGAUUUUGUGGCAGCUUUUCUAAAAAAAUUGCAGUGAAAGUUGCGAUCAUUUGAUGCUUCUUUUAUUGAAUUCACAGGAACAAGGGCAAUUGCAAAUUAGCUACAAAAGUCUUUUGCAAGUUUGUAGCUAUAAACCAUAAGAUGAAUGCAUGAUAUAUCCCACACAGAGUGCUCUGGGAAGUGAAUAUGAUGAUGUACAUGUUACAUAGAGGCGUGGGUAAAAGAGGGCUUCGUUAAUUUGUCAAAUUUGCAAAAAAAUUUGCCGUGAUUGGAAGAAAUUGCAGCGCCUCGCUAAAUUCGUGGUGAUUGAUUGAAUUUGCGUUUAUAGUUGCGAUUGCAGCAACAUCGCAAUUUCCUGGAGGGACUGUUUUAUUUUACAUCACCAGAGUACGCUGCUUAAUAUUAAUAACAGACGAGAUGUGGAAACUUUUAAGUUGGGAGUCUCUAGUGGCCACUGCUGGUACUGCACCUUUGGUAAUAUUUUAUUUCCAGCCUUGGGUGUUACGACUACCCCUAUGUUUUAGGAAAAUUCUGCGAUAUACCAUCCCAGAUUCCAAAACAGAGAUACCACCAUGAGAAGUCUCAGUAAUGCACGCUUUAUUGUAUGAUUUGUAUUUGUGCGACACGACCUCCACAACCACCUUUUGUUUUAAAUAUAAAAUAAACUUUUUAACAGCUAAACAAAAAAAAGUCAGGUCAAAUUCCUUCUUCAGAACGAGAGCACAAUCACUAAAAUUCUGAAAGUGUACGAUUUAAAAUGUCAAAAAGCUUGUCUUGGUACUUUUUAAUACUUUUAAUUGCUUUUUGAUUAGUUUUGAAUCUUGAACACCCGAGACGUCAGAAAGCAUUAGAAGAUCAUAGCUGUCAUAUUUUCACUCGGCUUGUUUUUGAAUCAGGACUGAAGAGUCGGAGGAAAAAUUAUCUGAAAAACAAGAAUCAUUAACAUGUCAGUUUGUAAUCAGCACAAAUGAACACAUCUGAGUUUGUCACCCUCCGCUGAUUAAUGACGGAAAACUUGUUAUUGAGGUGGAUUGAGUCCUCACCAGCUCUCUCUCUGUCUGUGUCUGUGUUUUCAGGGUGGACCCCAUCCCUUAUGACACUCCCAAGCCAGCAGGACACACCAGGUUUGUGUGUGUGUCGGACACACACUCGCGUACAGACGGCAUCCAGAUGCCCUACGGAGACGUGCUGCUGCAUAUGGGCGACUUCACCGAGCUGGGGCUGCCCUCCGAGGUUAAGAAGUUCAACGACUGGCUAGGUACUAAAGCUGCUUAAGACUCAUUCACACGCGCACACGCCGUGGGCGCCGGCGUUUUCACACUCACACAAAAGCUGCGAGCGAAAGGCCGCGGCGAGCGGGGGGGGGGCCGAGACACGAGACAUGUUGCGCACAUAACCAGUAACUAGACCACACAAUGACUCCUCCGCCCUCUCCUGUUGACCUCCCAACUGCUGCCCUUAAGUGUCCAGUUUAACCUUUGUGACCCAACACCCUGCCUCAGUUAACCUUUGACCUCUCCCUCUGGCCCCAUGCUGUGGGUGGGAGCACUUAGUUAUAUGUGCAUGAAUGUGUUUGUGUGUGUGUGUGUGUGUGUGGCUUCAGUCUCAGCUGCAAGUGUUUCAUCUGGAGGCCGUUCAGGCGAGAGCUGCAGGGACCCCGCAGCAGUUUUACCCUUAAAUGUGGUCAUGUGUCACACAUAGAGGAGAAAAAAAACACACAUAUCCGAUCUGACAUCCCCUCUCAGCUCGUCUAUAAAUCAAUAAGUGCCACCCACCACUCUGGCCUGAAAGCAUUCCACAUGUUUGAAUCCCAAUCAGGCAAAUCAGUGGAAGCAGAGCGCCUGACAGAAACACAGCGUGACUGGAAAAAGCAUUUAUAGUAAAUAAAAGUGCAUUUUAAGAAUCCUCACAUUGAUCAGAAGCUCAGCUGUCAUGCACACAAACACACAAACACACUCCCCGAUACAGCUCAGAGUGUGAAGAAUGACAGCUAGUUAAACCCUGUCUAUAAUGUAAAUGAAUGGACCUUUUCUGCUGCAGAUGUCGAAAACAAACUUAAAAACCCACUCGACGUAACUCUAAAUGCGAACAGAAACACUCUGUGAGCAUCUCAGUGACUUUCUGGGCGCAUACUAAACAUGCCGACUGAAGUUUGAGUCGGUGGUUUAUUGUUUUGUUUCCCUAUUGCGCUGCUUUUGUUUGGAUAUUGUUUGGAAGAGUCUGGAUUAGGGCUGGGCGAUUAAACCGAAAAUUUACCGAUAUGUAAAUUUGCGACAAUAACGGAUGUCAUUUUGCCCAUAUCAGUGUAUAUAUAAAUAAAAGUUGGGUGUGGAUGUGUUUAGGUAGGCUAUGGUCUCAUGUCCCUUUAAGACGCUGUCCUAUAUCAGAGACGUGACUCCGCCCCAUCCAGUCUGUAACAAAGAGGGAAAGACAGGUGAGGAGAUGGAGGACGGUUCAAAAGUUCUAGCGGCUGAAGUAGACGAAGUUAAUGUGGGAGGGGCUGAGCAGCUUGUGGAGUAGUUAUUGUCCAUUUAUUGUUAUUGAGGUGAACUGCUCAAUAUAUUGUGAUAUUGAUUUGAGGCCAUAUCGCCCAGCCCUAGUCUGGAUUCUCUACCUUUCUUCUCUCAAGGUGUUUGAUUCUAAGUCCUGAACCCUGGUCUUGGACUUGAGUGCUAUAACGCAGUCCUACAGGACAUCGAACCCCUUUAUUUGGUGGCCACAGAUAGCACAUUCUAGUUACCGUAAUACCUUGUAAAUACAUUUUUGAAACAGCCUCCCUGAACUUCUGCACAGAGCUGAAGUUUGUGACUUUUUAAGUUAUACUUGAGCUUUAAUCGUCUUCAUUUAGAGAUAAAAGUAGACUGAGUAGGACAAGCAGGAAAGAAAUCACAGUCUGGAGUUGAACAUAACCUGACUACUUGAUUCAUAACCUCUGUAUAUGCAGACCACCAGGCCGGCAGCGCCUCCAUAAACAUUCAUCUUCACAUAAGUUCACAAACAUUUUACUGUCUGCUUUUCUUCCUUUCUCUUUUUUUCCUGAAUCAGUUACAGAGCCGAUGUUUUGUCUCUUCUGCUGUAAAAAUAGAAGGUGAAGAAAAAAGAAAGGUGAUGUUGUGAUUUAAAGCGACUUAACGAGACGUGAUGUUGAUGAGUGAAGACACCAGAACUGACACCUACAGGUGGAAGAAUAGAAAGAAGCAGGGCGGGCUGGUGUUAAGACUGAUGCAAGGUGAGCAGAUAAAGCCUGGAGGUCAGGAAAAAACAGAUACAGACAUUAGCGUCAAGUUAACACAACGACAUUCGUACUGAACACGUAAAUAAAGUAAAGGUGAAGAAACGGACGACGUCUUCAUCCCAUUUCUCUAAAUAUUAUCCUCUAAAUGUCGGAGUUGUGACAGUAUAUUCUCAUGUGUUCAUUCUCAUACGACCCUUUUGAACCUGAUCAAGUUUUUCCUGCUUGGAGAGAAGAAACAGGUUUUUAUUUUCAACGUGAGACAAAUACUAAUGUCUGAGACUGCAGCGGGAAUAAUCAAAACAAUGUAGUGUCCAAAACCAAACACCUCCAACACUUUGAAGUCAGAGAUAAUGGUGUAAAGUCGUUAGCUUACAUAGAUACUCCCUUUACAGGUCGUGUUUGCAGCGAUCAGACUCUCUCCCCCCCCUGUAGAGUUAAAAGGGUGUCAGUGGAUGCAGUCAGUCACAGCAGUUACAGUGGGUUCAAACACUGACCCAGUUUUAUUGCAAACGAGUGGCAAACUUCACAGACCUCCCCGGCUGUCCCAAAUUCAAAGUCACGUUUCGGAUUUAAUAACAGAACCUUAAAGAAGAAAAGUGAUCUACGACAAUUCAGGCCACACAGAAAUGUUGAAAUAUCUACUUCUGCCUUAUUCUUAAUCAAAUCACCUGAGCACAAAUAUACAGAGAUGGUCGAAUAAUAUGCAAAUAAAACUGAGUGACGCAAACUACAAGACGAACAGCAGUGAGAUGUACACAGCUUCUACAGCCAAAUUCAUGCAUCAAAUUUAAAAACAUGCCAUCUCUGCACUCAAAGCAGACAUCUCAAGCAAGUUUAAAGACCCACUCCAAUGAAAAUCAUGUUUUUCUUGUUGUCUACAUGUUCAUAUGGCAUUUUCCUGAGGCUACAGGACGUAUCAUGAGAAAAAUAAGCGCAAAAAUGCAUUUCUGAGUAUUUCUGAAUUCAAAUCUCUUUUUGUGAAUCUCUGGCAGACCCAAAGAGCAGGUUCAGACACAGUCAGAUUUCGUAUGUCACAGAUCCAAGCUCCGCCCCCAGAGCCCCGCUAUGCAGGUCUGACCCAGAAAAGUAGAGGACGAUCACAGAACAAGUGUGUGCAAUAGCGGAUUGCAAUGCUGAGAACAAAGCUAAUUAUGAUAGGGUGACCAUACGUCCUCUUCUACCCGGACAUGUCUGCUUUUUUGGGUGCUGUCCGACUUUUACGGCUUUGUCCAGGAAAGUUUAUAACAUCCUUCAAAUGUCCAGGGUUUUGUACGGAAAUUUUGAGUUUGUGUCGCGUGGACUUAAUGAGUUAGACGGGCAUUAAAAAACACUCGAUCCAACCCGAAAAACUCUCAAAAUUAACUUGCUCCAUGACUCUGCUCCUUUGCAGUCAUGUUCUUUUUUUGAGGAUUCAGAAUAUGGUCACACGAAUUUAUGAAAUUAACUUUCAUCAUGUCCCCAAAGACAUUAUUGUCCCAGAGCUCCUAUGUUACCUGCCAUUUCUACUACAGAGGCAAUGUUAGGCGACCAGCUAUCGAGAAGAGGGGUGUGCAGAGCAGCGCUGUCUCCGCCCAUGACUUAGAGGUGAAUUGUUAAUGAGCUUCUGGAGCUCUGUAGAAGAAAAGCCAUUAAAAAAUGACACAGAUAACACGAUUUUGGCACAAAAAAAAACUUCAGAAUCACAAUUUAAAGACCACUGAGAAAAAAAAUGAUCAGAGUGGGACUUUAAAGCAAAUAAUAAACAGUGAUUCAGUGUUGAAUGUGAAAUUAACAGUAAAUUUGCUAAUAUAGAAACUAAAUGAGGGAGCAGUAUGAUGUGUUUAAGGUCAGGUGAGUGGCUUGACCGUAAACUCCUUGAAUAAAAGCAACACCAUUGAAGACUUGGAUAUUUUAGUUAUUGAUCUCUACCUUUCCUUUAACCGUUGAAUAUUAAGUUUAUUACAUUAGAGCGUGUCUCGAACCGAGCUGGCUGUUCUGUUACAACACACACACACACUUACACACUCAGGCUCGCCCCACUCCUCCCUCUCUACCUCCUCUGUCGGCUCCUCUCAGCCUCAGGAGGCAGCAGUUUGUCGGAGCUAUCGACUGAGGUUUUGGCCUGUUGAUGGGGAUCAUUGGAGAUCGAUGCAGAGGGACGAGUUUCCCCUGACCCAGCCUGUCUGAUGAGAAACAGCGACUCUGAUCUGCUCCUUUAAACUGCCUCCAUAAGCCUCUGUAGCCCGUGUGUGUGUUUCCAUGGGAAGUUGUGUAAUGUGUGUGUGGAUAAAGGAGCUGAUUAUAUAUUUAUGAGAGCUGCAUCAGUGAGAGCUGCUGAUCUCUAAUGGUUUCGGUCACUUCCUUCUCUUCGACGGUAUUUUUAGUACUUUCAUUUUUAGUUCCCUGUUUUUGAUCGGGACCAAAUCAUGGGUACGUUUUUUUAGACUUAUGUCUCUGCAGUCCAAACAGUAUGUCACUGUAAUCUCUGAUUGUAAAUCAGCUGAUUGAUCUGUAUCCAUCAUAAAUAAAAAUGCUCUAUAAGACACUGGUUUACAUUCACAGUAAAGAGGAGAGCAGACCAUUAACCAGCUGUAGGAGAGCGUGCUGCAACUUUAACACAACGCAUGAGCGGCGAGUUUUAAUUAAAGCUCCUGUGAGGGGUUUUAUGAUGCUGUCCAUUGAUGCCUAUCCAUGAUGUUUAAAGAUAAACAUGAUUAUCAGCAACAAGAGCAACAAUUUUUAUGUCCUUGUUUUUAAUGCCUGAAACCAGAACAAUAAGGGAGGUGAAGAAACCUGUUUUAUUUUAUUUUUUUUCUUUCAUUGUGGCUUUUUGUGUUUUUCUCGUUUUCCCCUCUCAUCAUUUAUUUUUUCCACUCCACAAAACCAAAACCACGCUUACUCCUCCUUCUACCGUGGUGACGAAAAAUGAAAAUAAUCUGUGCAAAACAGUGACAAUUUGAGCUAAUAAACAAGUACUAUUGUUCUUCGAUCCUUUUUUGUAAUCAAGGUUCUCGAGGAAUCGUUUCAGCCCUAGAUAUCCGGUUACUUUUUACGUUCACACUUUUGCAAAUUAUUUAGUUGUUGAAAAGUUUGUAUAGUUUGUUUGUAUGAGUUCAGUUGAAUCUCCAAGCUCUUUUCAGAUGAAUAAUUUCACCUCUUGAGUGUUUCUGUUUCACCUGUACUUGAAUAUUUUUGAACCAUCAUGCACUCUUGGCUUCUUCACUAAUUGGCACGUGUUGACUUGGGUUUCCAUCAUGUUUCCUCAGGGUAUCAUUUGAUGAGGAUGGAAAUUCAUUCAUGUUUUUAUUUUUAAUUUAAAGCACCUCAGAAUAUAUUUCCUUCAGAUGAGAGAAGCUGAUUUCUGUGAUUUCCUUCAGUACGAGUUUUUUUUUCUGUUGUUCAAACUUACACAAAUGCACGUCCGCCUUCAUGAGAGGAACGACAAACCAUUUCUCAGCUCACAUCGCUCUUGUUCUUCAGAGUUUUUCACGCUGCCUGUUUGUGGGCAAAGAAUAGAGAAUAAAUCGUGGUGUAUCACUCCAGCAGCCCUCAGUAAGAUGUAUCAGAGCAGCAAUAAAAAGCAGAAGAAAUUCCCAGCAGAGUAAUGGAGGUGGAGUUGUUUGAUGGUAAUUAUGUUUUCCCCACCUUUUUCCCUGCCUGCUGGUGGUGGAGAGGAUGAUUCGCUUUAGGUUGUGUGUCUGUGUGUGUGCGCAUGUGUGUGUGUAAAUGGAUGUGUGAUCCAGUUAGAGAGCUGUGGGACUGAGAGACGGCGCUCUCAUAUAAGGUUAGACUGAAAUUUAUGAUCCUGAGAUGCGACGAGAGCUAAUUUAGAGGAGCGGGAAUGAAACCUGUAGACCGGGGGAACCAUGAUUCUUUCAUUUUCAGCAUUAGAGAACACACACACACACACACACUCGACAGAUACACUAAGGUUUUUUAUUAUCUGCAUCCAGCCGCCGUAUCUUGACUGAAUUUAUAUUCUUUUCAGUUUCUAUUGGUUUUAUUUCCAAUUGUGAAGUGGACCGCUGCAAAAUUGAGCAGAGCGCUUACAUCUUCUCUUUCAACCUCUGUCUCCAGCCAAAAGCCUUUUCUUAUCCAGCUAAUAGCUUAUAUUGGAUUCUUUAUUCAGCGUUUUAUUCAAUUUGCCCUCCUGCCAUGUAUCAUAACCCUCUGCCGCUGCUGCUGGUCAAAGGAGCGUGAGGACAAAAGCACCUGAGCUGAAUCCCUUUGUCCCGGUCAAACCCGGAGUCGCAGGUGGAUGUAAGAGUCUCACCUUUGAAUCUGUAGAGCCAUCAUGACUUUUUAUGAGGUUACAAGUUCAGGAGAUUUUUUUAAAAUGCGUUACAUGGUGAAAUAUUCUACCUGUCAAGGUGGGCGACGUGGUGCUAACCCUGAGAAUAUGUUUCUGGAAGCAUUACGGUGAUGCUGUGACCCAAAGGAGAAGGGUGAUGCCGCAGUGCAGAUUAGCACGCUGGCUGACUGCUGAUGUUAAUGUUUACAUAGAAAAUGCUCAGUGGCUAAGUUGGGUUGACUUGCCUCCUCUACACCCAAGGCAACGGCUGAAGUUCAGUGUGAUGUUCUCGACGAAACAAUCGCAAGAAUACAGACUCGGCAUCCUGAGGCACUUGUAAUAGGGCUGUAAUCAACAUAAGAAAUUCUCGGUCGACUAAAACCCUGAAAUUUUCAACCAAAAAUUGACUAAUCGGGAGGAAUGUUUCCGACACUGAUGGCAAACCCUUCUGUGGCGGGGAACGAUGCGGCCCGGUGAGGUUAAAAUCUAUUGAAUCAGCACUACAAGACAAUUAAACACAAAAUGCUAAAAAAACAUAGUCUCCAGCCGGUCUCCAGUGAGUUGGACGAAUCAAAAAUGGUGAAAACAAGGGUGAAACAGGCGAACUCUGAAAACCCCCCCAUUAACACUUUGUACGUUCCUCCUGAUGAAAUUAACCAAAGACUGUAAAUUGACGUGGAAAAAAAUCGAGUCGACCAAUCAGAAUUUUGGUCGACUCAGCACAUAUCGACCAAUAAGUCCAAACAAAUUCCAGACAUAGAUUUCAGACAAACAGAACUCCCUCUCGGGAUCAAUAAAGUUCUUGUAUUGUUUUUUUUUAAAGAUUGAAAACACUGCUUUUGAUAAAACCCUUUUUUAUUCUUAAAUCAACACAUAAACCUGUAAUUCCCAAGAUACUCUUCACAAUAAAAGUCCCCUAGAGUGCCUUUAUUAUGAAAAGGCCACAUCAGGGGAUGAGAUGUUUUUAACUCGACUCUUAAAGGUGAUGUCCAAAAAUAUUAAAGUAUCAGUUAUGACAUCUUUAAAAUAACACUGAGUCGUCUGCUAAUGGCCAAACACUUAAACACACACAGAUCUAAGAUAAGAUCAAAUAUUGCUUUAUUAGGCCCACGGGGGGGAAGUUCAAAGUUUACAGCAGCAGAAACACAAAAAAAAACUAAAGGAUGAAGAAAAAAGUUAUAGUGUUAUUUCUAAAGGAGAAAUGUGCAAAAUAGGAUAAAACUCAGCCUAAAAGAGGAUUUAUCACCAAUAAAAAUCAACAACUUUUGAGUCAUUGUUUUAGAAAGUACAGACUAAGUCUUUGGGCUUUGAUAUGUUGACUCCACCACUUUAUUUCGCCAGUUUCUGUCUUUGUUUUUGUCGUUUUUUCAGACCAUAUACAUAAUAGAUUGACUCAGAAAAUGCUCAAUAUUUGAAGCAAAGUAGAGCUGCAGCAGCAUCUAUUCUUCUCGUGGCUUUAGUCCAGCUAACUGUACAUAUAUAACCCUGAAGAUAAGUCGGUGCAGAACUCACAGAACAGACCCAAAAAGAGAGGAAAACUGGAACCAAAUCACAGGCCCUUUAAAAAUAGCGACACAUAUAGAGAAUGGAGGCUGAUGAAGGCCCCACUCUGUGGCUGAGCGUUCAAUCGGCUGGAAUAAAGCAGAAAGUCAGUUUCUUGAUGGCGAAGGGGAACCGGUACAAAUCACCCAGACAGAGGAGAGAGAAAAGGGCAGAGCAGAAGUUGAAAGAUGAGGGGAUGAGAAUCGUAAUAGAUGUUCCUCUCUAUUUAGUUCAGGUUCAUGCUUCUCUCUGCUGCAGAGAUGGACGGUGGCCCGCUGAGGUCAAAUGGAGCAGUCAGAUGUGGUUGUAACCUCUUUGACUGCCUGAAUUGAAGGUAUUUUUUUCUCUCUCUCCACCGACCUGAGUCUUUUCUUCACUCUGAUCCUGAUCUGUGCUUGAGGUGAGGUGAGGGGAGCGACUGGAGGAGUGUUUGCUGAAGGUGCAAAAUAUGAGGACAGACUCAUAACACUGAAGCAGUGUUAUAAAAAUGUGGAUCCGGUGAUAAGAGCAAAGAUUCAGGAUUUUAAAAACUUACAGGAUUCUUUCAGCUACUCAGCUAACACAAGUAACACACAUUAAAAUAAGGAUAUAAAAAUCCUCAAUCAUUUCGCUCAUGCUCUCGACGUGAAUAUGCAUCAAUUUAGAUUUCAUUCUGCUUCAGAAAUGUAAAAAGAAACUCCUAAUUGGACCUUUGACUGACAAGAUUCAGCAGAUUGAACACACUCUAGGAUUCAAUACAAGGUUAUAAAACUGCUUCUGUAGUUAGAGGAUGGCCUAAGUGUUAAUUUUCAGAUUUAAUGACCACAUUAAAACCAAACUGGAUCAAUCUUUUCCCUUUUCCCCCUGAUGUUGUAUUAAUUCCAGCACCAAAAUGCCAAACAUUGUGCAGACUCAGGUAGGACUGGGCAAUUAUGUGAUCGUGAUAAAUUUCAGUUCGAUCACGGUGAUCAGCUGUGAGCAUAUUUACUCGAUCAGACAAUGGGAAAAUGUGCGUGACGACAGCCAAUCAGAGUCGAGCUUUUCCUUCUCCACUUCUGUAAAUAUUUUUCUGUUUAUCUUAUUGAAUAUACUUUAUAUACUUUGUAGUGAUAAUAAACUGUCUCUUGUUUCUAUAGUUUUUAGUUCAGAUGCUUUAAAACUGGCAGUUUAAAAAAUUAAAAUUGUGAUAAUAAUCGAGAUCAGACAUUUUUUUUUUGCUAAAUCGCCCAAUCCUAGACUCGGGGUGCUGACGCCUUCAAAAUCAAGACCUGUAUAUGAUUCUCAUGUUUUAUCCUUUAAACACUGACCUGGAGUCUUUUGGCCACUUGCUCUGAUGAUUGUUUCAUUUGCUUUUCUUGCAAAGUAGAGGUCAGAGAUUCAAACCAGAUCAGUCGCAGCAUCUUCUGAUGGUUUACAUCAUUUUAAACAUCGUCUAAUAAAACUUGUCUUUCCUUUUUUUUGUCAUUAAACUUUUUGCGUGAAGCAUCUUGAAAUGCUCGAUUGCAGAAACAUGCUCUUUGAAUACAUUUGCCUUGUUUCCUCUGUUGUUUUGUUUCCACAAGCACAGAGUCAACAGAUGCAAAUCCGCCGCCAGCGAACUCUGGUUUUGUUGUUCUUGCUUGUGUGCAGAAAAAACACGUGAAAAAAACAAACAAAACUGUUGGAUAUUUCAGAUGCAUGCAAACUAAACCCUCUCCUGUGUUUUCCUCCCUCUCGUCUGUAGGCGGCCUCCCGUACGAGUUCAAGGUGGUGAUCGCCGGCAACCACGAGCUGACCUUCGAUAAGGACUUUAUGGCCGAGCUGGUCAAGCAGGAUUACUACCGAUUCCCCUCAGUGUCCAAACUCAAACCAGAGGACUUUGACAAUGUCCAGUCGCUGCUCACAAACUGUGUGUACCUGCAAGACUCGGACGUCACCAUAAAGGGAUUCCGGAUAUACGGGACGCCAUGGUGAGUGCUCAAACUUGGCUCAUGUCUUGUCUGUCAGAAGUGCUGAGUCACAUUUUUGGAUCCCCGAGGUAAAGGUGUGUCUCGGUCUCCUCUGUCAGCGUCGGGCAGUUUUCCAGCUCCCACCCUGCAGUAUCUCUGUACUCAGUGUGCUCUCACAGAGGGGGCCUCUCCCUCGCCUUCGCACAGGGCGCUAUUCCCAGCUCGCACGCUCCUUUAUGAGCUCGAGACCUUCGCCUGCUCCCCGGGCUUACGUUACAGCGGUGUUUUGACACGGGGUUAAGUGAUACGCGUGUUACCGGGACUCUCUGUCAAUAGGCUCUCAGGUGUGGAAAGAAAGCAAGCGAGCGAGUGGGGAGGAGGAGAGUGUGUUUGUGGAAUAUCUGCUGCGUGCUCCUUUUCCUCUGAGGAAGGUGGAAGGAGUGUGAAAGUGAGAAGUGUGAGGAGUGCUGAAGGAGCGCUCAAACUCAACGUACAAAUAUAAUCAGCUGUAAUAAGGGACGAUGCUUUUCCAGAGCUCGCAAUAUCCUUCAUUUAUACUCAUUUUUUAAGCAAAUUUAUUCAGAAAUUUGGAAGAUUAUCAGAAUUUUUGUUUGAAAUUGAGCCCAUGGAGUCCUAAACUUGAAGAAAUAGUUAUUUUAAAGCUUCGUUAUAAAAAGUGAAUCUGGAGGAAAGCAGUCUGAGGGGUUUGAUUUCUGCUCAGUUUAAAAGCAGGAUUAAUAUCUGCCGUUUUUACAAGAUAUCAAACAAACAUCUACUGUGGAAAUAUGCACAGAUCCACAGUUUUGGAGUUAGUUUUUACUACCGUCACUGUCUAAUUCUCACAAAUGUAAAUAUCAGAUAUACAAACAAACAUUAAACAGGUGAUAUCAAUAAAGCAAACAUGCUGAGAUUUGAAACAAAAAGCGUCCAUAUGUGUUAAUACUUUUAUUAUCAUUUCAUACCUCUAGGAAAGUCAAUUAAAGAACUGGAAUUGUAGCAAGAAAUGUGAUUUUUUUUUUUUUUUCUGACAGGGUUUUGUCACAUUUUUAUAAGAAAGUACAAAAGUGUUUCAUGUCCGGCUACUAAGAAUUUUUCUUACUAUAAGUGCUGCUUUAGGCAUUUUACCUUUAUUCAAGAGGACAGCUCAGAAGAAAUGUUGAAGGAUGACACAUGAAUCAUGCACUCUACAUACCAGCUCCUCUAACUGAGCGAAAACAGUGUCUUAAAUGUGGUUUUAGUUUGGAGCAAUCAGAGCAGGUUUGUGGAGAAGGUCAGUUUAUCAAGAGCAUCCUUAUAUUCAUUAAUGUCGGUGGUACUUCAGCCAAUUUGAGCACACAAAGUUUGUCUCCUUCAGCAGUUGUUACCUCAUGGUUAAUCUAAUUGCAUAGCUGCUGUUUCUCUGUUUUCUCUGUGGUUACUUCGGAUACUUACGUCACAGGAGUCGCAGGUUUUUAAAGCCUGUUGGAAACUUGUGUUGUAGAGCGACAGCCCCUUUUAAUUUUCUGUUUGAUUUUUAUCGCUCAUCAUAACUUAAGUCUGCCCAUCAAAGUUUAACAGCGAAACAAACGGCUGUUUCUUAAAAAGCUGAAAGGAAAUAAACCAAAUGUUUUGUGUGGAUUUAAAACAACCCAAAAUAAUUUAUCAGCUUUAAUUUGGUAGAAAGCAAAUAUAAAGGUAAAUGUUAUGAUCAGGUAAAUGUUAGACUUCUUUUUUUUGUGUUUUUCUUUUCAAAGCACAAUUUUGUUUCCCGGUUGAUCCAUGAAAUGUUUGAAAUUCAAGGAUUUGAUUUUGAUUUGUGUUACCAGAACUAUUUACAGUUUCCACUGGCAACUAUAAAUAGUCAUUAAAGGGUUAAUAGAUCAACUUCAGUCAAACUAAUUAUUGUCAGAAGUCGCCGACAUCGCUCAUGUUUUCUGAACUCCGCAGUAGGAGUCGUCUCCUCAGCCUGAUGCUCAUAACUCUGGAUGUGUCUAAUGUAUCUGUGCUCUGAUCUGAGAUCAGACUUUGCAGUUCACAGUGAACUCGUGUCCUCUCUCUCUCUCCGUGUUUGAACAGCCUCUCAGUCUGACCUCGCCUGGCCCGCUCUGCAGCUGUGUGUGUUUUGUUGUGUGACGGUUGAGGCUGAAACUUCCUCCAUCCUGCUGUGACUCCCUCUGCUCUCACUGAGGUUCUCACAGCUCUGCUCCAGACUUAAAAUAGCUAUUUAGGUCACACCUUCCUCCUCUGGCGGCUAUAAUUAGCAGGUUUUCAGCCUGGCCUCAGAAGUGGCGGAGGACAGCGGCGGGGCGUGAGAGGAGGGUGCAGAAACCCAGCAUUCCUCCCUCAUCACAGCAGCAGGAAGAAGAGAUUAUCGUCUCUUCUUCAUCCCUCUGUCUGAGAGAGGAAGGAUGCUGCCCCCCUCUCCCUGGUGGCUGUUUAGUGUGAGUGCUGGUAAGUGUCUGUUGUGACAGCUGGGGGUCUCAUGAGAGGUGGAGUGGACAGCUUGGCGGGCCCCCACUUGUCUACUUCUACCCGGUUUCCUCACCUCCUUCACACCCAUAUGGCACCAUGGCCCCAGGUCUGGCCUGCUUGUCCAGUGUGAGGUCUCACUUAGCCCUGCAGUGACCCCUCACUUCAUCAACAGAUCACCAGCUCGCCGCCUGGGUGGCCGAGCUCCUUUGAGCCCUCAGCACUCUGCUGCUGCUGCCGCUGCAGACUGGGACGGACAGCAUCAGUCGGGAAGUGUUGCGUGUAACGACCACCUGAUAAACACUGCUGAAGUCUGCUGUGAAGUAAGGUUACAGGUUGGUCCAGCUAAUCAUAACUGUGCAUAUGUGUACAUAUUCAGAGGGACAAUUUACCUUCACCAAGACUCGCAGCGCAGCCUGUCCCAAAGCAAACGAGCGGAGCUUUUGCAUCAGGUGUGUCAGAAACAUUCCCAGAGUCAUGGAAAAGGUCAAAUGCAGCAGGUGUAUUUAUAUUUUACUCAUGCAUUAAAUGGAUUAAUACAUUUCUGUUUGUAAAAUACCUCAAAUCCACCAAAUACUGCACUACAAGUCAUUUAAGACAGCUCCUCCAAAACGACAAGCCUACAAAGAUAAAUCAUCAUAGCUUUGACUUGUGAGGUCUGAUCCUUGUGGAUUUAUUUGACAGUGCUUUAUUUUGCUGAUGGAGAGUUUCUGUGGGUAAAAUCUGAAAUACACGACUCUAACAUCACUCUGGGAGUGUAUGAGUACAGGCUGACCUGUUUUUAGUCGUCAUCCUCACUUCAUCAGAUUUACUAGUUGGUUUAAUAAAGUAUUAAUACUAGUAUAACUGAAGAGGUCUAAUUUUUGUGUCGUACCUGUUGUAGCGACAUGAAUUUAUCAUAAAUUUCCUAAGAUUAAUAUUUGAUAAUAAUCUUAAAUUAUGACAUUUUUAAUUCAAAUCGCGACAUUUUAUUUUGGUGCCCCGUGUGAGGUGUUAAUGAUCAUUUAGAUGUCAGUGAUGGAGUCAGUUUGAAAGGUAAUAAAAACUCUGUCUCUGUUCUCCAAUUUGACCAUUUGUGAAGGGCGGGAGGUUUAGGUCAACCUCCAGUUUGGUCAGUCGGGUCAGUCAGACUUGUUUGCACCUAAAAGUGCAAACAAGUCUGGAAAGAUUGAUAUGAUCCUGCGUCCUGGGACCAGAUAAGGAACCUUUCCUGCGAGGAAUGUUUGAGUUUCACACACAGAGUUUUCUUGAUGCUACACAGGAGCACUAACUACAUCCUGUGAGGCUACUCCUUUAGUGCUACAGGGCUCUACUACCUAAGUGUAAACAAGCAGGGAUCUGAUAGAGAUUCUGAUCUUGUUGUUUGGGGUUUCGGUUGUUUGCAACAGUUUGUAAUCAGAACAGGUCUGUGGAUGUUAACCUGCAUUAAGAGGCCGGUGCUGCUCGCUUCGUUAAUGUCAGUUUACUUGCAGUUGGAAUUUGAAUUACAGUUUCAACAACAAGGAAAUACACUGACUUGUUGGUAUAAACUGCAGAAAUGUCUCUUACUGUGUCAGUGUGUUAAAUUUACAGCAUUAAGAUAAGUAACAUUACACACUGUUGAGUAAAAUCAGAGAGUUUCACAAACUUCAGUAACACUCGUGUUCAAGAUUUAGGAAACAUUUGAUAGUAAAAUAGUGUACAAGACUAACAAUGAAAGUUUUAGGGUCCUACUGUUUUGUAAAAAUGUCUGAUAUGAGCGUUUUAGAUCAAAUUUCGCUCGUCCACCUCAGACUGACACAUCAACAGAAACAAAAAUGAGUUCUGCUUUCGAUUCUAAUAAAAAUCUGCAUCUUUCUACUUGAAAUGAAUAUAAUUUCUUUAUUUUAAAGCUGUCAGCCACUCUGUAAGUGAGGAUUUACAGAAAAAUUCACUUUAAAUGGAGAAAUGCAGCCCACAGAAGCCCAUGAAACUGAUAUUACAGCCAGCACAGGACUUUAUUCUUCUUUUGUAGCUCUUCUUCUUCAGCGUUUAGUGAAAUAAAUGACUGAUGCACAAACGCUGCUGCAUCAGCCAGACUUUCAUUCCCAGAGCCAGAAGAAGCAGCAGGUUUAUAACUCCAUCAGUGACUCUGCAGAUUUUUAUCUGCACAAAAUCGAAGGAAGACCUGACAGAGCCUGUGACACUUUAACAACACGGCGCUCCUCCUCCUCCUCCCUUAUUAUAAAUCAAUCCAUCAUUUAAACAUCUGUAUUUAAAGGUCUUAUUAAUAGAAAGACGCUUCGAUGCAGAGAGAUGUUGCUGCAGCAGGGAAAUGUUUUGAUUUUUCUCCGAGGAACUCUUCGUUCGCCGUGCUGUUUGUCCAGAAAAAUCCAUAUCAGCCAGUCCGACCAAUCGUGCUCCCACAUGCUAUCAAAGAUGAAAAAUCUGCUCUUUCCCACGCCAAACAUUUCAACGUUUUAUCUUCAGAAACGGAGGAAGUAAAGCCUCCUCUGAACCGACUCUUCGGGGAUCGAGGUGGAUUUCAACCAGGCUGAGCUCCCCUCUCCCUCUCCCUCUCUCUCUCUCUCACAGACACACUUUUUGGUUCCUUAAACAUGUGCUCACACUGAAAUUGCGCCAACAAGUUGUCUCUGUUAAUUAAUCUCACAAGAGUAUCUGAAUUAAAAAAGAAAAGAGCUUCAGCGCUGAAGGUGAAAUCGCCCUCGAUGUUUGAAAUCUCCUCAAACUGUGAUUUACACCAAGGAAAAUAAUCAGGGAUAAGAUUUAUUACGAAACUGGUCAAACUUCUUGCCUUACUUGUAGUUUUUUUUUUAUGCUCAGGCGUCUGUAGUGGGUCCCAUUUUAUUGAGUUGUCCGAAUCACACAGCCUUUAUGAAGCUGCAUUAGUCAGAAAUGUCAGUUAUUCUUUCAUUUCCUCCUGAAACGAAAAAACUCUUCAGAGAUGAGAAACAGCUGCAAAGAGACGUAAUCUCACUGUUGGCUCUCUCUAAUUUAAACUCUUUCCAUUUCCAGGUUGAAUUAAGAUGCAAAUAUAACCGAGUCGACUCUUUAGCAGCAACAUAAACAUCUUGAAUAAAUGACGGCCUUUUGUAAUCAGAUAUCCUUGAGCUCUCGUUAUCAGAAUGAAUAGAUGAUUUGAAUAGUUUGAAAGGAGGAGGAAUUAAAAGUUUCCAAGGCUGCGGCUAAUAAAGACUGUUUCAUGAUUAAUUAAGCGGCUGAUUAAGAGUCUAAGUGAUUACACUUCUCACCGUUUCUAAGAAUCCAAGGCCACGGCGUUUUCCUGCUCGCUAUCCAGGUUUUGAUGAAUAUUCAAACCCCAAGAGAUGAAAUUUACACAAAAGAAAAAAGCAAAUGCGCGUGUGAAAGACCCUGAAAACAUCAGAGCUUGUGGCUUUUUCAUGAUCGUAAUGAAAUAAAUACAGUUAUCCCCUCACUUUUAUUCAGAGCUAUACGAUGUAGACUUUUUGAAAUUCACCAACAUGUUUAUUUAAUUUUCAGGACCUGAAGAAAUCCUCGCUCACUUACAUCAUGAAAAGGAGCCUCAUCAAGUGUUGUCAAGUUCGUCUUUCCCUUAUAACAGUUUGAGCUUUGUCGUUUGACUUUGGUGAACUUUUCACAGCUCUCAAAUUGACAAUUUUUGUAUUAACUCAAACUAGGGCUGCAUGAUUGGCCAAAAAUAAAAUCCUGAUUAUUUUCCCUGAAAACUCGAUUUUAGAUUUUUUAUUUAGUGAAAACUUCACUUUAAAAAUAACUUUUCUAUUAUAUCUCAAAACAAAACCACUGAAAACAAUAGAGCGCAAAUGCCAAGCCAGUAAGUGGCGCUGUAACGCUUCCGAGGAAAUGCACAAAAGAUAGAAAAAGUGUACAGAGCACGCGUGAAAAGGUUGUUUUGGCCGGACGCGAGCAGGCGCCAUAAAAGUUACACUGUGUGUCACAUGAUCGUUUCCAGAGAUGCAGAUAGACAUCCACAAGGAGAUGAAAUGGUAGUCGUUUACAAAUUUAUGCACUCUCGGACCCGUUUUCAAAAAGUAACGUUUACUGUCACCUGAGACGCCGUUUCUGUGUGGAUGAAACACAGAUACGACAAAAAACGUUUGCAUUUACUCCUGAAUUUGCUCUUCGUCUGAAACUGCGAAGCCGUACCAAUUCCACACGACUGACUUGCCCUUGUCCUAUUUAGCCACGAAAUUAUCGCCUUCUUUUCCAAACGCCAUGUUUGUUUAUACUGGUGUGUGUGGGAACUAGGGAGCGCUCCCGCAGGAAGGGGGAGCCUACGGUGGUCUGGAGGCACAAGACAUGAGAGAGAGGAAAAUCGAUUUGACGAUUUUAAUUUUUUUAACAUCGUCAUAAUCAAAUAAUCUAAUUAUGAUUUAAAAUGGAUUAAUUUUGUAGCCCUGAUUCAAACUGUUUAGUUGUGCUUUGAUUGACAAACAUGUGAAAACUUGGAAGUUUUUCUUGAGUUGCAGUCUCGCUCUGCUCCUCUGAAAUGAAGCCAGCGAUCAGGGGGAAUAGCGUUAAAAAGCUGCAUAACUGAGAAGUUCUAGUUUGACGGUUUCACUGCAGUUAAGCUCUUAAAAACGUAUAAACGAACCUUCGUUAAUGCAAAAAAACGCAUCUCUUUGUGUCUGUGCUCCGCCCUCCAGCACAGACACCACAUCGCUAACUCUCCUCAUUCGAAGGUCGGCAAACGCUGAAUCUGUCGGAUUCUUGUGGCGUCUAAUAAAGGCGGACACGAUCAUACUUGCUGCACAUAUAUAUUAAAUAUUACAAGACCUUUCUGCUGUUGGAGAGUAAAUCUGCGAGCAGCCUACCAUGAAAGACACACAACACACGCAGUUUAAUGACAGAUGCUCAACAGAGCAAAUACCUGAACCUCCUCGUCUCACACACACACACACACACACACACACACUCUGUCACACACACCCACUAACUGACAGAGCGCAGCCUCCUGCUUCGUGUCAAUCAAACCCCCUUCAGUCUCUGAGCUGAAGGUCUCUCGGUCCUCUCUUUGAGUUUCUGCUCACAGCAACACUCCUAAAACAAAGUUCGACUCCAGAGUUCCUCUCCGCCCUGUCCUCAAUCUUCUUUUUAAUCUCCUUCUCUGAUCUGUAGUUUUAAUGCAGGAUAUUCAUCUCCCGCUCUUUGCCUUUUGUAGAUGGUAAAAAAAAAAGUUGAUCCAGUCUUUCCGAAGUUUAAUGACUUUAGCUUUAAAUCUAAAAAAACUCUGAUUAUUUGACAUUAAAAGGUUAUAACAGGACGAGAGGUUGACACAGUUUAUUUAUCCUCUGUCUUAUACACUCAAUCAGUUUAUUAACCAACAUUUAAAAGCUACAGGACCUGGACCCAUUUCCUCUCGGUUUACCACCAACAGGAGUGUUGGUGGUAAAAGCAGUUUUAGACUCCUGAUUUUUCUCCUCAGCUGAGAUCUUUAUUUCAUCAGGAAUCAUUAAAAAAGCAUCAAAAUCAACCGCAGCUCACUCACUCACUCUCAGGUUAGACGUCUGUGCAGAGGGAGUGAUGGCAGCCUGUUUCUAGAUAUGUAAGGAAUCCUGCUGCUUUAACCCACCCUGAUAAGCUCUGCUGACUGAUUCAGACCAGAAGAGUUACCGGCUGAGAGGAAAGGAGGGGAGAGAGAGGAGGGGAGACAAUGGGGGGAGUCGCUCCCUCUCUUUUUUUCUCUCUGGAGGGAUUAACCUGUUUUGUGAUUCUGGACUUGACCACAACUUAACUCCUCGGUCGGAGGUCAAGCUGUUGCUGCUCCCUCUGCUGCCUCCCCUCCUCAGUUCCACUGGUCCUGCCCUCCCUCUCCUCCUAAGCCUGGGGGACUCUCCUCUCGUCACCCCGGCUCCUCUCUUUUUCUGUCGUAGGUCAGUUUGUCCCCCUUUUAUUUUUUGAUCUCUUGUAAUUCUCCCCCAACCCUUGAUUUCCCCUCCAUCUCUUCUUCCUCGUUAAAUCUCCAUCUCCUCUUUAUUUCAUCCACUUGCUGCAUCUUCAUCACUUUCUUCAAGCAUCACCAAAAAUAAAAGGCAAUCAGUGUUUGUUGGUUUACGCAGAAGCCAGUAAGUCUGCUGGCUUUACUGCGAGUUUGUGUGUGUGUGUGUGUGUGUGUGUGUGUGUGUGUGUGUGUGUGUGUGUGUGUGUGUGUGUGUGUGUGUGUGUGUGUGUGUGUGUGUGUGUGUGUGUGUGUGUGCGUGUGUGUGUGUCCCAAAGGCGGCAGAUUAAAUCCGACUGCCCUCAUUUGACUCUCUGAAGCUCAGCUCAGGGGGGGAACCUCGAGGGCCAAAUGCAGAUUUGUCAUUUGCAGAUUUUAUUUUAUUCAUGUAUUCAUUUUUCACUGUAAAGGUCAGCCGUGUGUGUGUGUGUGUGUGUUUUAGCGAGUGUGAGUAAAAGAGAGAGAGAGAGAAUGGGGAGUAAGAGAGAGUGAUACUCUCUCUGUAGUGAUGUCUGAAUAGCAGCAUCUUUAGCCUCGCGUGUUUUCAUUACAGAGAGGGCACAGAUCUUUGAGGUGCGCCGUCUCUCUCCUCAUCUUUUAAAACAGUCCGCACAAUGUGGCCAAAAGUAUGUGGACGCACUCUGAACAAGCUUUCAAAAGUCAAUUUUCAAAAGUCAAUGCUGAAGCUUAAAAGUUUCUUAAGGACAUUAGUAAAGUCCUUUUAAAAAAAUAUUUAUGUUUUCAGACUAUUACCACGGUUCUGAAAUACUGUUGUCUAAAAUAGUAAAGUAGGUAUUUCCAAAAGGUAGGGAAUGGAAAUUCCAACUGUAUAGAAACCCUGUUUUAAUGAAUGCAACAUUUCACUUAUGUAGAGAAUCAAGAGAGAGAUAAUGAGGAAAGAUAAAACAGAGAAAAGAAAGACGCAGCAGAGAGAUCAAUAAAAACACGCUAAAAGAUUCAAGAGUGAGAAUUUAUGAUCCAGAGGAUGAAAUAGCAUACGAUCAGAAGCUGCACUACAAAGAGAGUCUGACGUUUACUUUUAAAAAGUUUAACACCAUUUCUUUUUCUCUUGACAAUCUGAAUAAAAGCUAUUUUCUUAUAGUUCAGAAACUUCAACAGUUUUGUAAAUGCACACAUCAGAUCAAAGGCUGCAGUCUCUGAAUGCUGUUUAUCGUGGUUCAUAGCAGAUCUCUGUAUGGUUGAAGAGGGAUUUAACUAAUAUGAAAAAAGUCAGCAGGUUUUGGAUUUAAAGGAGCUGGUCUCUUUAGAUGUUGUAUAAAUUAUUCCUCAAGUUGUAUGAAUAUGAAUUUAUAGCCUGUUUCUUAGUCGUCAAACUCAAAUUUGAGACACUUCCAGAAGAUUCUUCCCAGAAUGAUAGAGGAGUAAAUUAACAGCACUGACCGCACAUCGAUGGAAGGACUUUGGUGUGUUUGAACGGCUUUAAUUUGAUAAAGUGAAUAUUUUAAGAAUUUUUUAACAGCAGCACGUUGUUUACAUUCGUCUGUGUCACUGAGAUCUGACAUUUGUCUCGGCUGCUUUUAGCUUAAUCACCCCUAAGUCACCUCUUGGCCGGCGCCAGCCUCUGUCAGUUUGUGUUGGCUGUCUGCCCGCCACACACACACACACGCACACACUCUGUUUCCUCAGUCAGAGCGUGAGCACAUGGCAGCGGUACCUCCGAUGAGGUAAUGGGUCCUGACAAAUGUCCGUCACCAAGAAGUCAAGGGCUUCAUGGCUGCUGUGCCCUCGUCUCUUCUCACUGCAGAGGUUUUUUUUUUCUGGAACUUUCUGGAUGGUAGGAAAAAAAAGUAAAAAAGUAAAGUUUUCAUAAAGACAAAGUUUGGUUCUUUUUACUUUUUAUAAACAAAAAUGUCUGAUAGUGACGGAAAAUUUAGGGCAAAGACACGUUUUCUGAACUCUUUUAAAGUACUUUUUCCACUUUUUUUAUAUUUUAAGUACUUUUCGCUGAUUGUAUAUGUGAUGCACAAAUAUUUUACCACAAAGUUUAACGUCCUUUUAGUUUUUCCUUUUGAAGAUGCACAAUGUUGCAGAAACAAGCCGUUAAAUGCCAGAAAAAUUACCUGCAACAGCCUUAAUAAAAAGUUACCAUCUGUCUUCAUUUGAACUUGUUUUUUUUUUUUUGCCCACUUUUUUUCUCUCAGCUUAUUUUUUGUAAAAAAAAAAGAGCUAACAGAAAGGACGGUUUUCCAUAAAUGAUCAGGGCACAAACAGAACAGACAAAAAUAUAUAUAUAUAUAUAUAUCUGUUUCCUUGACUUUAAAUCAUUUUAUGUCUUUUUUGAUUUAAACUUGUUUUUGUCUUUUUGAUUUAAAAUCGUUUUAACCUCUCUUUUUUAUUUCUUUUUAAGUAUUUUUUGCAUCUGUAAAGCACUUUUAAUUGCCCUGUGUAUGAAUGGUGCUGUACAAAUAAUCUUGCCUUGCCUUAAAAAUCCAUACAUUACUUUAAAUGUAAUCUGGAUUUUAUUCGAGGUUUAAAUACAACCAUCAUGAGGCAGAUUUAAACCACAUCAGCCCAACAAGUUUCCAAAGUAAUGAGCCUUUUUUUUCAUGCAGUUUAAAUUUGCUGUUUAAUUUCUUUCCAGCUCCGUUUGUUGGAAAGUUUUUCAUAUUAUUAAUCAUGGAAAUUAAAAAGUGCUCAGCGGAGGAGGUAUUUUUCAUAUUUGGUUUUCCUAGAAAAACUUGUUUUGAAAUGAAAUGUUUUCAGUCGUCAGCUGUGAAAUUAAUUACAGUAACGUUCGAGAAUUAAUGAGAUAAUGAUUUAUCGACGUUAAAAUGUGACACCUUUACUUAAUGAGGCAUCAAAUAGAAGUCGUCAAGCAUCUGUCAGCGGGGGCCGGUUAUGAUGAACGCCCCCUCUGUGUGGUUUUAUGUGUGUGCGCACAUAUGUGUGUAUGCGUAAACUCUGUUGUUGUUAUUCUUGGCCUGGCCUGCUGCACCCAUGGGUGCUGGUGCAGCUGCAGGUGGUCGUCAGGUUACAGAUGCGGGGAGGUUCAGACUGUAUGGAGCCAGGUGAUGAAGGCUUAGGGAGGCGGAGGAGGAGGAGAGAGGGGGCAGUAAGUUCUUGUGAGUCUGCAGCUGUAGUGUAUACUGUGUUUAUGUGUGUGUGUGUGUGUGUGUGUGUGUGUGUUCAAAGUUUCCCCAGUGUGUGUCAGAGGAGUGAAUGAGAGGGUAAAGUGAUGGAUUUAUCAUGGCGCCCUCGCUCUCUGCAGCAUGACGGCUCGCUGAGUUCCCUGCUAAAUGACUCACCCUGCACACACGCACACAAACAUACACACACAAACAUGCAAAACACACAAACAGCUCUGAAACUUCCACAAUGCAGCAAAUGUUAAAUUUGCAGCAUAAUGUAAGUGAAAAAAAAAACGUUCUUGCAUUAAAAUCAUGAGGUCGAAACAGAUUGACAAAAUGUUUCACAGUACCUCUCCACCUCCCCCCACCCCCACUCCAAGGUUAGCCCCCAAUAUGUCAGAGGGAGACUGAUUGGUUCUCGGCGUCGUUUAAUAAAGCUCCCCUCGGCGGCCUCGUGUGCAUCAGUCACCGGCCGGGCAGCCAGAGGUCUGCCAGACGACGGCCGGCAGCUCCAUCAAACACCACGAGCCUGGGCGGAAAGGGCUGACACAGCCAAAACACGGCUCUGGAUCCAGCGUGCUGCAACCAACAGGACAGUAACCCGGUUUGAUUAGUUAUUACCCCACAUUGAUCAAGUGUUGGUGAGGUUUGAUUUAACCUAGGGCAGGGCGAUAUGACCUCAAAUCAAUAUCACAAUAUAUUGAGCAGUUCACCUCGAUAACGAUAGAUGAACGAUAACUACUCCACAAGCUGCUCACCCCCUCAAACAUUAACUCUGUCUACUUCAGCUGCGAUGGGGUGGAGUCACAUCUCCAACGUAGGACAGCGUCUCAAAGGGACAUGAGACCAAAGCCUACCUACACACAUCCAAAACCAAGUUUUAUAUACAUAGUUUUUUGACACCAAAUAUACCGAUAUGGGCAAAAUGACAUCAGUUAUUGUCAUAAUUUUCGGUAUUUGCAAAUUUUCGGUUUAUCGUCCAGCCAUAAUUUAACCCUUCAGCUCAUAAUCUCUAUGAGGCCAGUGGAGAUGCUAACAGCUCAUCUCCCCAAUCAGAUGCAAAACAAGAGCAAACUGCAUAACUUGAUAGAAGCUCAGAUUAGCAGCUCAUCAGUCUUGACCUCCACCCUCAGAUUGCCCCCUUAUGUAGUUUUUAGUUCUGAGCCACAUACCUGUGAAUUAUCCAUCUGACAAAGACAAUACUCUGAAUAAUCAGCUGCUGACAUCCACAGUCUGGUUGCAAGAGAAAAUUCGGUUCUGAAAUCUGCGAGGAUGGUGGAGAUUUUCUUCGGCGUUAACUCCCACUUCAUUAAUAGACUAAAGAAAUCUAUCGGCUGUUUUGUUUUAUCUGCUUUGUCCCUCUUCAUUUUAAAUCAAAACCACUUUGAGAAUUGAGUUGACGUUUUCUGACACUUGUGGCGGAUCCAUUAAGAGAAAGAUUAGUCAUUUAGUUUGCUAUCGAUUUGGGAACAAAACCUCUUGUCAGGAUUUUGGACUGUAUUGAUUCGAAGGCCGCUGUGUCUCCUCUAGUGUAAACACGUAUUUUCAUGGCUGUAAAUGUCACCUUUGUGCAUAUUUGACCUCCUGCUCUGGGAGUGAUUAAAAGAUGAAUAAUUUCAAGUCUUAAAUCUGUGUAUGUGGGCUCAGUUUCUGCUUUUAAGUGCGAGGCGCUCUGUGGAUAAAUGUAAUAAUGUGAGGUAAUGGAGAGAGACAGCUGUGUUUCAGCUGGAGGUGUGUUUCUGCUCUCGAGUUGCGCGGCAGACUGUCGGCGCUGCUCUGAGGUCAGAUCUGUUUGUCCCUGACGGUGUGGACAGCGUGUGGUUACAGUACACACACGGGGCCUCCGGCUGGGCGGUAAUUGUUCCUGUCGGUUUGCAUGUCUGUGCUUGUGUCUGUCUGUGUUGCAGAGAGAGCGAGAGCUUCGUCAGAGAUGUUGAUGGCCUUGUGAUGAGGAUGCAGUUCGACAAACAGAUUGCUCUCAUCCUUUUAUACAUAUGGAAAAUAACAGAAUAUGCAUAAAAACUCUGUAUGUGUGGGCGCUGAUACUGGCCUGAUGCCGAACAACUUCUGAAGCUAUUUAACUCCAAGAGACAAUUUUCAUCAGAGUGGAUGUAAUGUGAGUUGGCAACAAAAAUCAGUCUCCUAAACUUCUGAUAAAACCAAAAUUUUAUUAUGAUCUAAAGUUUUUAAUCUUAGCUCGUGCAAACAGUGGAGUACAGUGUUAUGAUGUGAAUGUAGUUGGUGAUAACACAAAAUCAGACCAAACCAGCCAGGGCUUGACACUAACUUCUUUAACUUUUAAUUAAAGUAAGAAGCACACAAAGAACUUGGAAAUUGAUCAAAUAAUGUUUGUCUUAUUGGUCGACACAAGUACUAUUAUUUGAAAUCAAUUUUAGGUCUUUUGGUCACGACAUGGAAGCUUUUGAAGGAAAACAGCCUUUUUUGAGAACAUUGGCAAUUUAUUGACGGCCCCUUAUUUAACACCCGACGUUGACAGUGAGGGUGCCGAGUAGAUUUAAUCGCACUGCUGUUGUUAUUCCCGGUUAUGGAGAGUGAGAAGACAUCGGUAGAUCAGCCGUGAAUGUCCGUUGAAUAUCCAACCUAAAACUAACUUCACCACGGUAUUUACAUGAAAAAAAACAUUUGUUGCCUCGGCUAAUUUUUUUUUGUGCGCACAUGUGCCCCUAAAUACAUUUAACAAUUCGCACACAUCUAUUUUUAGUUGCAAAUGCGAGUGAAACGGUUGCACUGUUGAACUGUGCCAGCCAGAUAUUCAACAUGGAGCUGAUUUAAGUCUGUGAAGUAAACCUGAUCAGAUUAUUAGACUCUAGAAUGAUGACGAAAUGCAAGAUAUUCAAGUGUUUAAUUGUAAGCUAGAGAAAAUCUCAAGUUGGCUUUAGGUCUCGAUAACUCACACUGAUCCUUAAAUAAUCUUUUAAAUUAAAUAUAAUUGGAUCUGGACAGUCUCUGAAAAUACACCAAUCUUCACCUGUCUCACGAAGAGAGUGGAUUUUGGAGCAAGUCCCUUCAUCGCACCACUUUAUGUUAAGGGCUGAUAUUGAAAACACAACAGUAUUAUGCUAUAUAUAACAUAAUAAGCAAAGUAAAAACAGCCCACCGUAUAUUAGGGUUAAUACGGUAUGAAUUUUGGUCAGUAUCUUUUUAAAGUCCUGAUGUAUCAGGUGAAUAUCUGACUAUUUUGAUGUUAGUUUCCAUAAACUGUGCAUGUUGUCACCUGGUUUAGUUUCCAUCAUUGAUGUGGAAGUGUGAAAAAACAACUUUGGCUAAUUUUGGUCUUUAUGACACGAUUAUUUAAGGUUAUAUAAGUGUCGUUACGGUCUCGAUACCACAGUAGAAUUACAUUAAAUACUGCACACUUAAUUUAACUAUUAAUUUCUAGGCUGCUGAUUUAAACGCCAUAGUUAGAUUGCUUUAAACUGACAUCAUCUGCGCAACUAAUACCAAGUACUUCUGGAAAACGUAAGUUACACAUGCAGCUGGAUUAUUCUCAGAAGUAGCAUGCCCGUCUGAGUGGGUCUGCAUCAAAAUAGAAGAUAAAUAUCAGCACAGUUUGUUAAGAGAGAAAGAGAGAGCAUUUAAAUGCAUCAAAUGAAGGAAAGAAACCCAAAGCUUGAGGGUGUCGGGGCAAGAGGGAGAAGAGGUGGGUGUUUGACAUCUGACGACCGGCAGUUCCUCGUGUUCAGAAAGCUGAGUAGCACCAAAUAAAGGCUGAAAAUACUGUGGAUGAACUUGCAGUGUCUGCGCUGUUGAUUCGCCUCCUCUGCAGCCUUCAGAGUCUGACCUCGGGGUCGAUGUGCUGCUACAGCUCUGACCUGUAAACAAGAGACCUCUGAGUCUGCGUGACGUCUAUUUACAAGCUUCGGUUCACUCGCACUUGACCAAGACACAUGAAGGGACUCUUUUUCACUUGGGUUGAGACCUUUUUUUUUCUUUUCUUGUGAUCAUGAUAAAUGGCUUUCUUCAGCAUAGUUUCUCUCUACCUCAACACCAGCAUCCUCUAAGACCUUUUUUUUCUCUCCUUAUUCUGCGAGAAAAACCACCAAGGUCCGGUUUCACUUUGUUCUUAAAGGACGGACAUGUAAAGGUCAACAGUGCGCUUUUGUACAUGAAGAAUCAUUGAUAAGAGAGGCAUACAAGGAAGUUAAUUUCUCCACCAGCUAUAUUUCCUUUUUGCAGUGACAUGUUUGGCCCUUGAUGACGGCCUCAGCCUUCGCCGCAGUGUUCCCGCUCUUUCAUCGCGCUGAAAAGGGCUCUGAAGUGCGAGUUUCCUAUAGAUGUUGUGCUGCUGGUUUUUGAAAGCCUUUCCUCUUCCUCCCCUCCCUCUUUUCUUCUUUUCUUUUCUGUCCCCAUUCUUACUCUCAUGUCAUUGAGUGGAUAAAUGUGUAGAGGCGGGAUCUUUUUUUCUUGUCAGGACUAAACUUGGAGCGAAGAGGAAGAGGGGGGAUUGGAGGACGACGGGAGGAAAGCAGGAGCAGGUUAAGGAGGCGGGGGAGGGGCCGUCGGUGAUGGUGGUGGUGGUGGGGACUUGUCUUUCAGCUUAUUUCACAGUGGCUGGCUACCUGCUUGUGUCAGUGGCUGCGUGGUGACCUUUAACCCCCGGGGCUGGCGGGCUUCAGUGGCAGCGUCAGCUUUAAUUAGGGAGCCACACGACUGGACGCUCUGCAGAGCCUCUGAUCCUUCAGCGAGAACACUGGGAGCGAGGCCGCACUGGCAGAGGGGGGCGACAGAUGUUUCUAAUGACAGGAAACACAGAAAUAAAGAGAAUAGAUCCAGUUCAUGAGUUUCUCAUCAGUGGUUUUAGAUACCAUUUGGAAUUUAUUGAUUCUGAUUCCAUUUGUUUAAUACAGUUCAUAUUAAUGUUUGUUGAGAGAGUUUAUUCAUUUUUUGAGAAUGGACUCGUAAGUCCGUCGUGAAGUCCCUGGGUAGGGUAAGAUUCGUAAGGGGUUUGAAGGGCUGAUACUAGGGUUGGGAAUCACCAGUGGCCCCAAAAUACGAUAUUAUCACGAUACGAUAUUACCAUGACACUUGGGCCACGAUACAAUAUCAUCAGGAUACGAUAUUAUUGCAAUACUUGGGCCACGAUACAAUGUCAUCACGAUGCGAUAUUAUCAUGAUACAAUAUUAACACGAUACUUGGGCCACGAUACAAUAUUACCACAAUGCGAUAUUAUCAUGAUACAAUAUUACCACGAUAUGAUAUUAUUGCGGUUUUUUUAGAUUUUGUAAAACAGUGAGUAUUGCGAUUGAUACCAUUUUUAUCAACCGUUUAGCUGAUUUAGCAUUUGGCUUUGCCUGCUCUAUAAUGUUACCCCAGCCAAUGGACUGAUCAUCCAUAAUGAGACUUUAAAUGCCUUUGGCAAAUGUUAGUUUGACGAUGUUGGUGAAAAAGUGCAGGGAAAACCCGGGUCUGCCGAACUGAACUUUUCUGAUCUGAACCAGACCCCUCUGUGGAAACGCACCAGGAGUGAAGUCUAACAGAACUUCCACCUCACAGUUUCAGCAGAACUUAAAAGGAUCUGCUGAUUUGGAUCUUGGGGCCAGAUACCACAGCACACGGUGACUCAUCAGGUUUUUGUUUUCCUGAGUAGAGAUGGGCCUACACCAUAUUUGGCAAAUGCUCACAACGUUGUGACUGAUUGGUUGUCUCCAGGUGUUGUUGAACUUCUGCAAAUCACAGUUCAGCUGAAGCCCAUUGGAUGAACAGUUCUCAUAUGCGAAGGACAUCCAGGGAUUCCUUGAUAACAGGGUGAUAGUUUGGAGGCAUUAGCUUAAAAAGUGUUAGCUUCCAAGAGUGUAUUAUCGCCCGCUCAGUGUGUUACCUUAGAUGAACUUCGCUCUAGAUUGCAUAAGAUGUAGUGAGGUAUGAUUCUAUCUAAAAACCGUUGAAUGGGAGUGUCUGCCUGUUUCGAUUUAAAGUUAGUUUGGAAAUCUUGCUCCUCAAGGACGUGUUGCAUUAAGCGUUAUGUUAUCUGACCCUCCAAACUUCUUCCAGUAAGGAGUAAUUGAAGUUUUCCUCUGCGGUCCAAUUGCUGUUUGUUUCCUCCAGCGGCUGCACGGUCGGCCUUCAAAGUGCGCUACAUUUCCAAGAGGAUUAAUUAGAUUAAACAGAGUGUUUGCUCGCUCCUUAAAGUGUUUGUGUUUUCUCCUGUAGGACUGCGCCGCACUGUUUUCCCUUUUUCCUUUCUACAGAGAAUAAUCAGUCGCAUUAAGGAAUAAUGAAGGGAUUGGUGGGCGGUUGGAGCCCGUGGGACCGAGCUGCUGUUUGUGGCUGCAACGUGAAUCAGUGCGGUGUUGAUUUACUGUGUUUGCAUGUUAAACUGUUGGGGUAUUAAGUUUGCCCCCCUGUCAGGACUGCGUGUUUUGCUUGUUUCUCCUGUUUGCACUGCUUUCAUGUAUUGUGAGGUUAUGUGAAAGUAAUGUAAAAAUUGAGAGGGAGGAUUUUGCGAGUAUAAACUUUACAUUUCCAUGGUCGCUUUGAGAAAUCCCUGCUGUCGUCUGGUCUCGUCUACGCUAUAAAACCUUAACGAGUUUUCACAUUGUGUGUCUUUUGUCUGUCUUGUUGACCUCCAGCCUGUUUCAGCUUGAGCAGGGAUCAGCUUCCUCUUGCCAGCAUCGCUUUAUGAAGGUGAAACUGGUAAAAACUUCCCUCCUAGCAGUAGCAGCUUUGUGCAGCCAGCUACACCUCUGAAAGGUGACGCUCCUCUUUACAAAAAAAAAAAAAAAAACACACCACCAUUUCUUCCACCUUUAAAUGUUUGUCCAAGCGUGUGAUUAAAAUGAUGCUUUUCGGCUGGUGGAGAAGUACGGACAACGAGGGGGAAAAAACAGCAGAAACCUGCCGGACACACUGCUGCAAUCCUUUUAAUUAAAGCAGGGAAAGAUUGUUGUCGAGCAAAUGGACUGAGAUGAGAGAGAGGGAGAAUGAGCGAGGGAUGAAAAGAGAGCCGGUGUGAGGAAUACAGCGGGGGAUUAAAGACAGUGAGCGAGUGUUACAGACCCCUGGCCAGUUUGCUGCUGUAAUGAACAUUAGGGCUGCGGCAUAAAUUUAAUGACCUGUGAAACAAACAGCGUGGCUGAGACCGGUGCCUCUGAAUGCUAAGUGGCUCUAUUAUUAAUACUAGCUCAGAGAUGCCUCUGUGUAAACACACUGUAAGUCUCUUUCCCCUAUGAGGCCCGUUAAACUCACGCAGGCUGUGUGUUGGCGGUGCACCGACUCAGCACAGCUCUCUGAAAACAGGGUCACGUCUCCCUUUGUACCUGCAGAAUUAAUGACACAAUGCCCGUUAACUGCAUACCUGCACUAACUAACAGGGUAUGAAUAGCUCUGCAGCUAAUGGCUGUGCAGGUUAGUCACCUUGAUAAUGAAUGGCUUAGCGAUCGAUGGGGAAGGUGAGCGUGUGGUAAUAAGUAGUUUCCACGCCGCUCAGAAUCAUCCCACAUUGUUUGGCCGUCAAUUUGUCCACGAUCUGUCAAAGGUGCAGGGACUGAGGUUAAAAUGUAUCUGCAGGAGUAACAUCAGCAAUGCACCAAAAGUGGGAAUCUGCAGGAAGGUGAGAAGAAUCACCUCGUGAAGGGCUGUAAAAUUUUACUGCUACCCAAGUGAUAAAAAUAUUAUCUAUCUGGCAAAUAUUUGACAUAUAAAGCAGCCUUUCCACUGCAGGAUUUCCCCUCGAGUUCUCCAAACUAUAGGAGGACAUCUGAGGCAUUAGGACUAUCAUAAAAAAACUUAAAUUCAGAAUAAUCUUGUUAUUAAUGCUCUAAUACUUGUAAAACUGAAUUAGUACUAGGGCUGUAAUCAAACAAAGAAAUUCUUGGUCGACUAAAACCCUGAAAUUUCUGACCAUUAAUCGAUUAAUCAGGGGCCCUUUAUCCAAUCCAAUCUGCUUUAUUUAUAUAGCACAUUUUAAAAACAUUCAAAUCUACCAAAGUGCUGCACAAUAAAAUUAAAAAAACAGACAAUGCUGAAAACAUUAAGAUGAAAUAAAUAAAAGCAGGUAAGAAGCUUUUAAAAUGAAAUGAAAUAAGUGAAAUAAAAACACAAAAGCAUAAAAGAAAUAAAGGUGAUAAAGGGACCGUAAAAGACAUAAAAGGACAGAGAUCACACAACUCUCAUGCUGAGCUAAAAGCCAAGGAAUAAAAAUGAGUUUGAAGACGUGAUUUAAAAGUAGAAAGAGUGGACGAUGUUUUAAUCUCGAGUGGCAAUUCGUUCCUCAAUUUGGUACCACGAGUACCAAAUUGAGUUUUAGGUACCACGAGUUGGAGCUGAUCAGCAGACCUCAAGGAACGUGUGGGGGUGUAAUCAUUUUAGAGGUCAGUGAUGUACUGUGGUGCUGAUCCAUUUAAAGAUUAAAAACCAAACAAUACAAUUUUUAAAUUAAUUCUAACAUGAACAGGAAGCCAGUGGAGGGACGCCAUGAUUAGGGUGAUGUGGUCAGCAGUAUUUUGGACUAAAUAGUGACAUCGUCAAGUUGAAGUCUUGACGUUAUAAAGGACCAUAAAAGGUUGGUUAUGCAAGAGCUUUGUUCUCACUGUCGGUGUUGGCCGGGGUUGAGGUAACUAAAUGUCUUUAUCUAGCUGUUUUCUUGCGUUGUGAUUCAGAAACAGGAAGCGGCCUUACCCACACUGGUGCCACGAUGUUAGAAAAACACCAUUGUCUAAAAUACUGCAGCUCCUUAUCGUUGAACCAAGCCACCCAAGCCUCGAAAGUAGUGGUGUCCACUCAAAUGGUUUCAUAAUGGAUUCACAGAGUCCUCAACAGUGCAGUCUUCACCACGCUGAGAUAUAGGUUAUACAGGCGACCAGGCUUUACGUCUGAGCUGCUUUUAGACGACGCCAUCUGCAGAACGCAACACCUUGAAGAGUCUGAUUGAGCUCUUAGCUCCUCGUUCUCCUUUUCUCUCCUUCGUCGUCAAUCAUUAAUGUUUCCCUUUUUCUGAAACUUGCCAGAAAACUCAGUGGAGCUUGCACCUCUUUUCUCUCUAUCAAAGACCCUCCAGCACUUAGUAUCUCUGCAGUCGUAUCCAGACAUGUUGUCGCCGAUGGUAUUACUAAUUCAUCUGAGCUUCAGCUGUGCCAGCACUUAGGUUGGUGACCUUUCACACCAAACUCUAUAGAGAAUAAUGGCAAGGACAGAAAGGUGGGCUGUGAGCUGAAAUCUAUGUUUAGGCAGCAAAAAAAAAGAGUCACUCGUGCUAUAAGGUGCAGCUAAUGUAGGGCUGCUACACCUCAGGCCACAGCAACUGGGGACGCAGGGCUUCCUCUGCCUUUCAAAUAUUUAUCCCCUCAUAGCGUGAGACUCAGCAUGGGACGGAAAACAAGAUGAAGUCCCGCUGUGCCCGGGAUCUGCCAGUUUACACACCAGCACAAACAGAGCCGAGUCAAAACAAACAGAUGGGCAGAUUCAGAUGUCAGAGACAUACAUGCGACUCCUUUGUGACCAGGACUGCCGUGUGAAAUCGUAGGAAACCUGGAGUUUAAAGCAGCGUCUCUGUUGAAUGAGCAGGCAGCCUCAGGUCGGGUUCAGGAGGAGAGCAGGGGACCGUCUGCUGACAGAUCGCCUUUGCUCUCCGGCUGGUAGCUGAGCCAUCUCGGGCUCCCUUCCAGGGGAUUGUGAUUGCAUUUUAUAGCCUCGAGCAGCCUCCUCAUGUCAUGUAUCCCUCCUCGUGUCGGAGACAUCUGGUUAGCUCUGGGCUCUUCUGGACUCCCCUGUGCCCCCCACUGUGCUGGAUCGUUUGAUUAAGCCUGCAUCGCUCGUAAUCAGACUCAAAGCUCCUUCUUACCUUCCCCCUAAAUCUGCAGACAUGCUUCCCAAUUCCCUCAAAGUCACAAAACAACUGCAGUACGAGUCUCUCUUUUGCAAUUUGACACAUUUUGGAUCCAAACUGGGAAUUUUGGCUGCACAAAUAGGGACAAGAAAUGACCGCAGAGUGCCGGGAAAAUGGAAAAUGUUCUUAAGGUGACAGAAAGGUUUGAUUUUCGAUCCAAAACACCUUUAACUCACAGGAGCCUUCACAGCGUUUAGGUAUAAAAGGUCGAAAUAAAGAUGAUGUUAUAUAAUAAGAUGACCUGCAGUCAAAAUUUGUCCAUAAUUGCAUCAACACAAGUUCAGCCACUCUUGUGUUAAUUGGAGUUUAAAUAAAAUGCUUCUUAUUUGCCGAGGACCUUUAAGUCUGCCUCGGCUUUGUUGAAGUUUUGCUAAAAUGAUGCAGAAAUAAAACGAUACAGAAAUAUUUCGCUAUUGGUCACAUCCUCAAAUGUCCAGAUCUUUGCAAAGUACCUGCCUCUUAAACUCCGGCAUGUGAAAGGCAUGAGAUAAAGUCACGUAAAACAUACCGUAUCAUCCCUCGAGAGAUAAUUGUUGCCAACUGCUUGCUUCUCUAGUUAUACCAACUUCAGUAACGACCACAGGAUGGCAACACACAGCGGUCUACGUCUACACACACAAGCCUCAACCAAAAAGCCGGUCAUUCGGUCCCUUGGCUUUUCAUGCACACACUGUGAAAUCCAAUUCAUUGCUCAGUUUUGAUAGAAAGUGCUACACAGAUGCACAGAUACGGCACAUUGCUGAAUGCAAUUGAAGUCUUGGUGCAGAACCUUUUUAUCCAUGGUAGGGUGACCAUACGUCCUCUUUUACCCGCACAUGUCCUCUUUUUUGGAGGCUGUCUGGAGGAGUUUAUAAAAUCCUUCAAAUGUCUGGGGUUUGGAUGGGGUUUGUGUCACGUGGACUUACUGAGUUAGAAGCGUGUAAAAAAACACUCGACCAGACUCGAAAAACUCAAAAUUUGAAAUGUGCGACCCUGUGACUGCCCCCGCGAAGUCGUGUCCUCUUUUUGGGGAUUCAGAAUAUGGUCACCCUAAUCCAUGGUGACCCCCAAAAAAUGAACUGUGCCUCUAAAACGGUGCAACUCAGACUCCAGAUUUUACGGUAAUCAGCUGAUUGAUUGAUUGAUAAGUAUUGGGUUAAAUUUACACAGGCAAAGUCCAGGGUCAUUCUUACUGAAACCCAAUGGUUUCAUUGGGAAUAAAGUGUCAUCAAGCUUCCCAUUGAACAAUCCAAGUACCUGAAUGUUCACAGGACAACCUCAUAUAUUGGACCAGCCUUUGUCUUCAUCAACAGUGUGAAGGUUCGUUCUUUUACAAGCUGUACCGAGGCUCCAUCCUUCACUCGGACCAGACUUUUUCAGAGGAUCCCUCAGUUCUGAGAACCAGAUCAGGCUCUUAUGAGAAAACAGCUUAGGUUUUCUUACCCAGCAAUCCUUACAGAAACACUCACAGACGUGGACUGUCUGUAGUGAGCCAUCAAUCACCACGGUUACGACAGCUCCAUAAACAGAAAGGCAGCCUCCCUAUUUGUUUCUGCUCGGCAGUGAUAGCAUUCACAUCGUCCUGCAGUGCUCCCUUUCCUUCCUGCUGACCUCUGCACAGCUUCAGUAGCAAGGACAGGGCUCUGCUUAUCUCUGCCGGCUGGAUUUAGACACCCGAUGUGGGUGGUAGUAACACCCAGGUGUCAGUGAGGAUGUAGUGUCGUAAAUAAAAGGUGGGAAAACCGUGACCUUUGCAGUGAUCGGUGUCAGUCAAGCAGUAAACAGAAGACUCAAAACAUGGAGAGUGAAUUAAAGGAAAAUCCUUCAUUUGAAAUGAUCAAACUCUGAUUCAUUUCCAGUUCUUGUGAAAUUACUUUUUGCACAGAAUCACAUUUCAAACACACCUCAUGUUUGUCUUCGUGUUUGCGUCUCGGUACAGGCCGUCCUCUUCAGCCUUGUGUGUGUGUAUGUGUGUGUGUGUGUGUGUUUUGCUCCGUCUGUUCCGGCUCUUUGUAUACAAAGCCAUGAAACUAACAAAGCCAGUUUGUGUGUUUUCCUGUGUCUAUUGUUGCCCCUGCGUCUCUCUGCCCCCGCCAGCAUCCACUCGCUGUAAGGUCGAGACAAUGACCACGGAUAGAGUGCCAUGUAUCUGCACCAGCUUGACCCCGUGGCCCUUCCUGUUGCCUUUCACACCCCCUCCUCGUACUCCCCCUCCGACCUUCGACCCCCACGGUAAAGACUGGUUUGCCUGUCAUGUCGGGACAAGGCAGGGUGUGCUCCUGGUCUUUUGACAGGAGUCUGUGAGAGCCUGCUGCUUUCUUUCUCACAAUCCUCCAAGGGAAAGUUAUUUCCAGCCUGCAGAGCAGACGAAUACCGAUGAAACCAAAGCAGUUCAGUCAUUUUUUUGACUCUCAAUCAGCGGAAUUGAUUGAUAAGGGCACUGUUGGUCACCAGUAUUUCUUUUUAGAUGUCUCUACAAAAUACUACAUGUAGCAUUACUUCAUUCAACAGUGUUCAUGGCGUUGAUAGUUGUGAGAUAAGAACAAAUCCACUGGCUCGGGCUGUGAGAUGUCAGUCUAAAAUCGUAAAUCACUUUCCUUAAAAGAUACCAGUAAUUUCUAGAGUUACUUGUUCACACAUGUCCCUGAAAGCAUGGUGUCAUCUCUGUAGGAUGAGUGGUCUGGGGGCCAAGAAACAAGCCUCAGGAGGAAGGAUAACGGCGUCAAAAACAGGCUCUGAAAGCCACAAAGCAAUGUUGGCGAUAUUGGAGCGCACAACGCAUCAGAGACCUUUUAUGUGUAUUUGAAGGAAAGACAUCUUUGCUGUUCUUGAUUCUCCUCCUUCAAUCUCGGAUAUUUUUCUUCAUCCUCUUGCAGGUUUGCACCUGUUCCUCAAUUUUCUUCAAUAUUUCCUGCUCAUUCUGAAAUUUUUCCAAGAAGGCUGGCAGUGAAAAUUCAAAAAGAAGUCAGGGUGAGAAUUUAAGCUUUAAGUUUUUAGGAGUUUAUGAUCAGAAAAAAUCUAAAACUAAAUCAGUAUAUGGGUCCAUGUACUCGGCGGCCAACGUAUUUUUGUUUUCAAAUGAAAAAACAAAAAUAAUCAGAAAAAUAAAAAUCGGAGAAAAGAAUUACCAACUCGGUAUUUGACUUUCUGUGAUGUGGCUUUAAACAGAAAUGGAAGAUCAAAAUAUAAAAAUCUUGUGUUUAAAGUGUCAUUCACUUUUUUGUUGUGACGCGGAAGUUUUGACUUCCAUGUACAUCUAAUGCCUUUCAUGGGAACAUUGCCCACACUAAGAUGGCUGCCACAAAGGCACGACACCACUGUGCUGGAGCAGCUCACUGGCAAGUGUCGUCUAUCUGUGUUGAUGAGAGCCUCUCACUCCAAGUCACAACUUCCAGGUCACAACAAAAAAAGUGAAUGAAACUUAAAACACAAGAUUUUCACACACGUAUUUUGAUUUUCGAAAGCCACAUCACACAAAGUCAAAUGGUGAGCCGGUUUUCCAUUCUUCGAUCUUUAUGAUCAAAAUGAAAAACGGUUUGUUUUUGGUUUCCCGUUUCCCUUCUGGUUAUUUUGUUUUUCAAUCGAAAACAAAAAUCCGUUGGCCGCCAAGUAUAUGGACUUACAUGGACACGUCUCAGUGUCUUUGCAGUUUCUUUCCUAGCUUUGAAAAAAAAAAAUAACUGUGUCUUCACCAAAGCAGCAGUCGGGGACAUUUCCUACUCACCUCUCUCUUUGGCCCUCCUGUAGGAUCUCGUAAGUACCUUAAGAAAUAAGAGGGGAAUAAAAGGAGGCAUCAUAAUACUGAAAUGGAUAUUAUGUUCUCUUACAAGAGUAAAAGACGUCCUUCAUACCCUCGUUUUUCUGCUGUUAACUUUUGGACUGGAGGUUUUUGAUAUCAGUUGAUUCAGUCGCAGCUUAUCUCGGACCAAACUUGAGGACAAAGCAAAAACAGAAAUAUGAGUGAUUGUGAGAAAUGUUUUUACCCUCUGUUACAAGAGAUAACAACAGCAUAGCAGUGUUGUUUCAAAGUGUUUCUUCCUCUGAAUAAAAGUAGUGAAGGCUAACUUAACUGUGAAGUUUCUUUCUCUGAAGUUGGAGAGAGUGAAAUGUGAAGUGAGAAGAAUGAGUCUAGGCACCACUCUGACCACUCCACUCUGACUUUUUUUGUUACAGUAACAAAUAUCUGAAGUUUGAAAAACCUGGUGCUUCAGGCUAAUUUAUGUCGAACCACCUCAAUUUGUUUUGGUUUUUCUUUCUUUCUCUCUGUGAAGUUCUGUUUAAGCGUGAAGAUGUGCAGACCUUCAGUGUUGAGCCCAAACCUGCACAAUGUGUGGCAGAGGCUUAAACUCACAAUAAUCCCUUUUUUUGAUAAUUUUCUUUCAUCUCUUUUCUGCUCCGGGUAUUACAUGUCAAAAAAUGAAGGUUUGAAAUGUUCAAACAGCUUUUUGGGAUAUUUUUUUUUAAUUAACUGGCAGACCUGGAGCUGUGGCCUUUGUGCUCGGGAAGAAAAGCAGCGAGAGAGUCCAGCUUUCAAAGACACGCCUGUGUAACGAAUCGCCUUCAUUUGAUUUUUCAGAUCAGCUCGUCCUCCCUGAAACCAGCAGGAGAGGAAAAGAGGCGGCUGCUCGGGUCCUUGGAGCAGAUCUGGGAAAUGAAACCCAGCCUGUCGUUUUUUGUCGCUGAGGAGCGCUCACUUAUUUCCCAGAGAUGUUAUCCUCCCUCUACCCUCCCCCCCUCUUACAUUGUUCUCCAGGAUCAAGUUCACGGAGGUCGGGGCUGAAGGAGGGUAAUGAGACCCUUGUCCCAGUGUCUGGGUGCAGGUUGAAUGGGUCUCGGCCCCUGCCCCCAUCCCCCUACAGGCUCGUUGAAUAGGACCCUGAUUCCCCAGCUCAUUAUGAGUCUGGUCUCCAGUUUCCUCCCAGCUUCCAGAUCCAUAUUUCAAAGUGUUUAGAUUCCAUGUUCACAUGUCGACACAUCCGUGUUCCCACAACACAGAGCUGCUCCUCCCAAACCCCACCUGUUACAGCCGCAGGCAGCAGGGUACCAGCUCUACAUUCACCCAUUCAUUCAUUCAUUCAUUCACACCUCCAGUUUAAAGAGGUCUAGUCUCAGUGAAAACUGUGGUGCUGAAUUCGAAUUCAGAGUUUCUGCUGCGUCUUAAAAACUUCUAAAGUCCAAUAGUUUGAAUUUAAGGCCUUAAAAUUUCUAAAAUUCUCUUAAAACCUCAUAAAAUGUCUAAAAUACAAGCUUGAAAGGUCUUAAAAAUGUGUUAAUGUUACUUACAGAUAAAGACUGAUUUGAAGUUUAUUUCAAAUGUUCCGAUUUCCCUUCAUGUCUUUUUAUUUUUUUUGCAAGUAUGGAUGUAAAAUGGAUCUUAAGUUGUUUCAUUAUGGUCUUCAAAAAGUCUCAAAUUUGACUUGUUGAAACAUGCAGAAGCCGUGGAAUUUGACACAGGACUCGACAGUGCGAACGUUUCACCCACAUUUGUGACUAAAAAUAGAUGUGUGCGAAUUGUAAAAUGUAUUUAGGGGCACACGUGCGCAUUAAAAUAUUAGCCAGGGCAACAAAUGUGUUUGAUGUAAAUUCUGCGGCGAAGUUAGUUUUAGGUUGGAUAUCCGUGCUCCUUACGCUCCUAAUUUGGUGUCUAUAAUUUUACCCUGAUGGUCUGGGCCGAGCUGAAAAUGAACCAGGUUUGAUGCUGAACUUGAAUUUACAGGGACACACCUGGGUGGGUGGGUGGGGGUUCUCUAAGUGAAAAGGGGUCUUUGCGCUGUAGAGUGAUCUCUCUACCUCCAGACCGGCAGUAUCAGUUCAUGUCGUCUUUGAUGCUCUCGUUAAUCCGGUGUAUCUCCCGCCUUUGAGGUCGUGCAUGUGUGUGUGUGAGUCUCUCAGAUGGACACACUCCAAACGCCGCGACUAUGAUGUGAGGUCAUUUGCCCUCUUUUUUUUUUUUUUUUUUUUUUUUGCUCUUUCCACUCCUCGUCUCUCUGACUCCAUGUGCACAUAGACCAGACUGUGUGUGUGUGUGUGUGUGUGUGUGUGUGUGUGUGUGUGUGUGUGUGUGUGUGUGUGUGUGUGUGUGUGUGUGUGUGUGUGUGUUUGCUCUGAAGCAGCUGUGUUUGCUGCGAGAUGUCUUCUGGCUGAUGCAGCGGUUGUUUUACAUUAUCGGCCCGGCAGGUCAAACUGCAGCUGGCUGCGUCUCAGCGAGGAGACGAACCCUGGGGAGAGAGUUUGUGUGUAUAUGAGUGUGUGUAUAUUUAUGUGUUUGUGUGUGUGUGUGUGUGUGAACUUAGCCUGUCCCCAUGGUGCUAGCCCUUCCUAAGCGGGCUAAGUCUGGUGGCUAACCCUUAGCGCCUCUGAGCUCGGCAACAUGACGGCAGUGAGAUUAAUCCAUUCUACACUCCAUCAGUCACUGGGCACAGGUUAUUAGUGCUAGGCCGGAGCAGACACACACAAACACACACUCCUACACACACACACAAACACGCGGCCCCUUCACCCUUGUGACUUCGCCUUCUACCUCGUCCCCAAAGUUUGCAAAGGUGGCCUUGGUGUUGAGAGGCCAUUUGUCAAAACCCAGCCAGAGUCUCCACUUGGCUCCUUUUAAUAAGGCUACCUGGGCCCUGGGAUUACACACACACACUCACACACACACAUGCACACACACAGAGGCGGGGUACGCACUCCGCUUUGCACAUACUCAUACAGCCCUGAGUGUCAGGUGGUGCGUCCCGCGGGGCUUAUAAAAGUCCCAUUAACAUGGCCCUCCUCAUUGGUUCUGACAGGUUGAUCAAUGAGGCCCCUCCCCCCGCUGACCCCGGGCCGCUCUGACUCAGAGGUCAGACACGAUGGAUCACUGGACCUGCACACACACACACGCACUCUUACGCACACACACUCUGUCUCCCUGGUGUUAUCUCUGUGCUGGUCACGGUGCAGCUUGUUCUUGCCUCCAUGUGUUCAGUGCCCGCCGAUAUCCCAGGGUGCACUUGUUCUCUGGCUUUUAGGUGCAGGAUCAUACUUUACCUGAGACAUGUUUCGAUCUUAUCUCAGCUCUAACACACACACUUACACACACACUCACAGAGUUUUGUGUUUCGCCCUGCAGGGACAUGUCUGUCUGUGUUUAUGUGUGUGAGUCUGCACACCGACCCAACACGCUCACAGAGAAGAGACUGUGAGAAGUUCAUGUUUCUACAUUUUUCCUUCACUUCUGAGUGUUUUCAGUGAUUAUAGAUCAUGUCAGCGAACUUUGGAUUUAACAACAAGGAUGUGAGGACUUAAAGAUAAGAGACGAAGCGGACUCACAACCUUAGAGACAAGAAAAGAAGAACAUAUAUUCCUUUUCUUUAGGGAUAUCUCAAAACAAAUAUUGAUGUCUGCAAUUCCAUGACCAAAACAGACAGCUCAGGGUUUUUACUCAUCUGAGGACCCUUUUCAAGGACUUUCCAGGAUUAUUUCAGUCACAGUUUAGCGGUUAAGAUCAGAACAAAUCAUGCUCAGGCAUCACUACGUUGAGUCUCCGGUGAGGAGUUUAUGAAAUCAACUUAAAAUCAUGCUAAUGUCUUUUUAAAAUACACAAAAGCAAAUCAGACCAUUUGAGAGACUGAUAGUUUAUUUUACUUUUUAGUUGACCAUUGAAAGUCAAAACAAAAACUCUAAUUUAUACAUGUAUGAUAAAGAUAGACAAAGCCUGCUUAGUCCACAGGGGGCGCCAGAAUUUAUGUAAACAAUUAUUUCUGACAGGAGCUUUAAAGUAAUCAGUUUUGUAAAUUAAGAUUUUUCUUCAUACUGUCCAUAAACUAUCACUUGCUGUCUUCAAGGUCCUUAAUCAAUUUAGCUCAAAAUUUUCAGAGAUAUUUUGCCUUUUCUUUUAUUUUCAUGUGUUUUCUGUGACUUUCAAGGAUGCGUGGGAACCCUGAAGAAAUAAAUGUUAGGGCUGGACAAUAAACAAAAAAUUUACUGAUACCGAAAUUUGCCCAUAUCGGGAUAUCCAGUGUCAAAAAAAUAAAAUAAAAGUUGGUUUUGGAUGUGUGUAGGUAGGCUAUGGUCUCAUGUCCCUUUAAGACGCCGUCCUAUGUCAGAGACGUGACUCCACCCCAUCCAGUCUAUAACAAAGAGAGAAAGACAGGUGAGGAGAUGGAGGACUGUUCAAAAGUUGGAGCGGCUGAAGUAGACGAAGUUAAUGUGGGAGGGGGUGAGCAGCUUGUGGAGUAGUUAUCGUCCAUUUAUUGUUAUCGAGGUGAACUGAUCAAUGUAUCGUGAUAUUGAUUUGAGGCCAUAUCGCCCAGCCCUAAUAAAUGUAGUUAUAUAUGUUGUCGGUUUGUCUUCACAUGUUUAAGAAGAGUCUCAGGUCCAGGAUCUCAGCUGUAUGUUAAGUGAGACACGAGCAGAGGGGACUGAAGGUCUGCUGUGUGUGUUUGGUAAACAGUCUGCUCUGGACAGGGUAAAUAAAGGUACCUGUGUUUCUGUGUGUGUAGUUCAGGAGCAGGUUUUUGUAGAGGGAGGAGGAAUGACUGCAGGACCAAAAACCUGAGAAAUAAAAAUGUAGAAAAUAAAAACGACCAGUAGAACACCACAGUGCUAAUUUUUUCCUCAUCUCCUGCAGACGUAUCACAGAGCUUUAAGCUAGUUUGUGUGUCUGUGUAAUUUGGGGGGCUGUCUUGGUAUCACAGCGCGCUCGGGGACCCAGAGACCGCUGUUUAGGGGAGCAGCGGGGUUAAGAGGCAAUGUCACGCCCAGAGAGAGAGACGCUGCGCCGUCCUCCUAAUGAUGUCCACCAGCCUAAUUGAAUAUUGACGUUCUGCACACUGGGGCUAAAUGGCUUCUGUCUGCUUCACCUCCUCUACCAGUCUGAGCUGCAGAUUUUUUAACCUGUUUCCACGGUUUGAUUCCCCACGGAGGUGGAGGAUCAUUAAAUGUUCCUGUUACCAUGGCUGCAGACUUUUUGAUGCAGCUUUUUGUUUUGAUUUUCAGCUAAAGCUGUUUUUUUUUUCUUUUUUUAUGGAGGUUUUGUGCCAGAACUCCUGAACGGCUCCUCCUCUUGAACCGCAGCAUGACAUCAGGAUGGCGAAUUUUCAGUUUUUUUCUGGUCUCACCUCGUUGUUUACUGCAGAAAGAAGAAGAAAAAGAAAAAAAGCUCCUCACUCUUUUCUUCUUUCUCUCCGAACGUCACCUCCUUCCUCCUUUUUUUUCUCUCCUCUGCUUCUAUUUCUGUGGCUGCGCUUUACUUCCCACUGUGCCUGCCUCCAGACGCUUCUCCUUUGUUGCCACGGCGACGCCUUCCAGAUGGCGAAUGUCAUGGCAAAGACUGGGCUCUCACACUCGCAAACACACGCAGACACACAAUAGGUUAAGGUGUAUACAGUAUACAUGUCGGGAACAGACUGGCAGCUUUCAUUCUCCUCAGCAGUCACAUCCAACUCAGGAGCUGUGGGGCGUACACUUAGCUUACAAUAGACACACACACACUCACACACACACACUCACACACACACGGUAAUGGGGAUGUCAGAUGAUUUGCACCUAUUUUCAAACCAAGCCAAGAGUUUUAUACAACACAGUAUCAGUUAAUGUGUUCAAAAGUGUAGGAGGUUUUAUAGAAAAAUAGACCCAAAGUCUGAUUUUCAACCCCAAAUAAAAGAGACGGAGCAGCUGUGGUCGAGAGACAUUAGGGAUGUAUUCAAAAGAGAGAGAAAGCUCAGCUGAUAAAAAUUAUGAUCAUGCUGUCUGAGUUUGCAGAAACCUGCAGAAAAGCGUAGGAUUUUGUUCGUCUCUGAAGAAGACUUUUUGGUGUCUCGUAAAGAUGCUCUCAGUAAACUGGAAGACAGAAGGGAGAGACGAAGAGACGUUCACUGAUCGACUCUGGAUAUACAGAGUCUUAUUCUGUGAUCUUGUUGCUGUUGUUUGUUCGGUUCUCUUGCUUCAUGCCAAUCAAGCUCUUUGAUUUGAAACUGAAUGAAGGUUAUGAGAGAGAAAGAAAGAUCACCCGGAUGCUUCUUCCUGAAUCCUGAUCUGCACAAUGAUUGACAUUAGAGUCAUGCAAGUUAAGUCCACUUAAGGAUAAACCCCGCCCCCUCACUAAUCCCUUAAUCGAAUUAUUAAUGUUUAUAUUUCUGAAGGCCUUGAUUCACAUGUUGUGUCCAUAGACUGUAUAUAGAAAGGCCGCCGUCUGCCUCCUCGCUAGGUGAAGCCAUCGCGAGAACAGCACCCUCUGGUGACGGGCUGCAGUAUAGGUCAUAAAUCCCGCCUCCUCCAGCAAUCCUUAUGGAGCUGUGGACAAACUUUAGAAAUUAAUUACACAGAAUAUAAUUUUUCUCCUCCUGGUUGCGAUGUUGAGAUGAUUGUUUAUGCUCAAGUCCUUUUUUUUCUGUACAGCUCCAUUUUUAAAAGGUAUUAGGGGGUUCAUGUUUUCUGUGAUUGACACUUGAUACAGCCUAUGGGCGUACGACGUUAUGAUGAGCCGAGCGUCAUCACAGCGACUCUCCCGCUGAAUACGUACAACGCUACUGAGUGGCGGUUCUAGGAAGUGGAGAAAAUCCCGGAAAUACAGAGAGCAAUACGGCUUCAAAUUCGUAUAAUGAUGGAAGGCGGAGCUAAGUUGUCUGUAGUAUAUACAGUCUAUGUUUGUGUCUAAGCUGGAAUGAUGCCACUUGUUACCACUACUGAACCCUAUGAUGCUCUACUCCUCGGAUAAAAACAGGAACAGACAACAGAUGGCGGCUUGUAGCAUGUGUGCAACCUGCAAGUAGCAGAGCUGCCAAGCGUCACGCUUUGAGUGUCACAGUCACACAAUUUGACCCAUUCCCACAUCACACGCCACACUUGACAUUUCUCACGCUUAUUUUUCCCAUUCAAUACUCUGCUUGUAUUUUUUUCAUGAUAAUAAACUUGGCUUACCAUAGUUUGAGUAAUUCUGAUUGACUGACCGAGAUAACCAAUCCAUCAGUCCUUUGUGCCUAAAUCUAACCAACCACGGAAGGCACCACGCAAAAUAAACCAAUCAGAAGCAACGUAAGGCGGGUCUUGGCGUCUCUAACUAUCUUUCACACAAAACAGCGCCGUCAUUUAAGACCCACUUGCUUCUUUCUAAUCGACGUUAAAAAAGUUCGAUUUUUUUUAGCCGAACACAUCAUCAAGCUAAAGUCCCACUCUUGUCAUUUUCUGAAACUAAGACUGAAGGCUGGUGGUGCGAGCUCUGCUGAUGUUAGCCCCACUAGAAAAACCAGUUUGACUUUAUUGACUCAAUUCAGACUGUUUCCUGUUUGUUUCCUCAGACUGGUCAUUUAUCAAUUUAUCUUCAUAUUUUAAUGAUGAGGAAAUGAGUCACGUUAGAGUAACCCUGAAUCAGAUUACAGGAACAUCCCAAAAAGACAGAGGAGUUUCUGGUGCCCAGGAGUUGUCUGGGGAUGUGAACAGGUUUGAUUUUUUGCUUGUAUCAUAUCCAAUUGUUAAUUUUUGGUUUCGUGGUAAUCACACACAGCGAGCAGUGCAGUAUGAAAGUAUUAAACCUGUGUCACAGCCACACAGGGAACAAUCUCUCCUUUGUGUGUCCAGUGUGUCGUUAAUCUUUGCAGAGGUUAACAGAUGCACUUGUAUGGAAGGUAUAUUUCAGAGGCAGACAGCCGACAAUGGGGCCAUUGUGGCUUCGAGUCGCAGCCCCGCGCUCUGCAUUCAGUCAGGACCUUUUUGGCUGGUUCUGGAUGCGCUGCUGCACGUCCGGGGUCAUGUUUCAUCUCUGCAGAUAAAUGUGUGUAUUCAGGAAGAAACAUGUGAAACACAGAGGCGAAUCAACGCUCCAGCUGUUUAUUUAUUUCUGCUGCAAGAAGACCCGAUUUAUUUUUCAUGAACAGAGAGGAUAAACGCAUUCGGCCAUUUUUCAAAGUUUGGCCUCAUGGCGAUUAGUCAAAACUAGAGUUAGACAAAUACCCCGCUGGUGCUUUUUAUGUGCAGCCGGCUGACCAGACCAGCUCCGCUCUGAUUCACUGCUCUCUAUGUUCCUCCUGCAGCAGCAGUGGCGGCUAUUUCCAUCGGAGAAUUCUUCCCAGUAAUCCAUUAGACUUCCAUUAGCUGCGAUUUGUGUGAUUAGUUCUAAUUAAUCAGUUCAGUCUGUGGCCUUCACUCCCCCGCACGCUCCUCACAUUUCAUUUUUAACCUCAUUUCUCAGCUCUCCACCGAGCGAGAGAACGAGGCGACGAAUGAGCGAGCAAAUCACAGAGAGAGCCAGCUCCAGGUCUGACGCUUUUUCAUCCAGACGCAGAAACACUCGAUACUGCCCGAGCACCGGACCCAAACGGGUUCAGCCGCCGCAGCAGCGCCAUAAUGCUCUUUUCUCCUUCCACGCUGAAUAGAUGGGAUUUUUGUGUGUGUGUCCGCGAGGCUGCUUUAAAGCUUGGUUGUGUUUUUAAAUGAACCAGGAGGGAUCGGCCUCUCAUGUUUUACACAUCUUGAGUCUUGCCGGGCUCCUGUUAGCCCCACUCUGCCCCGCUGUCGAACAGCGAGUAUCGAUCAGCGCAGGAGCAUCCAUCCCUCACUGUAACAAAGCUUAUUGAUGUUCGCGGAGGCCUGAUUUCCCCUCGGUCAAAACACCAAACGCUGCAACAUCACUAAACGACUGGAUGCUGCCCCAAACUCUGCCCCAAAGUGACCUGGGAGGGAGAAAAAUCAUCUUUUCAUUCUGACUCUCUGCUGCAAGUUCAAAUUAAAAGAUUAUUUUCUGGCUUGUUGCAGCAGGUCAGCUUAUAUACUGAGGUAUUAUGUGGUGAUAAUCUGUCUUCUUUUCCCCUGUUGUCAGCCUUCUUCUGCCAUUACCACUAUUGUGAUAAAUGAAGGCUCAAUUUAUCAACCGGCCUCCACUCCAUUUCUUUUUCCACUGCCCCCCGCUCCUGUAUCUAACCUCUGUACGCUUCGUUUUAUUCCUCCAUCUGUUUUCAUCCCCCUCCAUCCAUCCAUCCAUCCAUCCAUCCAUCCCUCCCUCGUUCCCACUCAGCCACAUCCGAGCUUUCUUUGUGUCUGCUGGGGAAGGCUGAGAUGCUGCCUGUCACCCUGGAGCUGCAGACUCCCAUCCAGGCUGCCGGAGGUGGCCCGUCUCCUGUCAAUCAAUCUGGAGCGGGCGCAGCAGAGGGGAUAGGGGGGUUUGACACAUGAUGGGGCUCCCUGCUGUUAGAAAUUCACUCUUUAUUCCUUUACCAGCAGACCUGCACAGUCAGUCUGAGAGUUUGGGGCUCUAAAGUUGGUUAAACGUGAACGUGACUCUUUAAGUUUAAAAACAGACACGAGUCCUGCAACAUCACGCUUGUUUGCAGAGUUUAGAUAUCCUGUCUGUGUUACAGCUGUUUUUAAGUGUUUCAGGAUAAAUCAACAUGGGAUCUGGUGUCACAGCAGCAGGUUCAAAGGAAGUGCCAGAGAGAGAAGUGCACGAUCAAUAAACCUGAACAGGAAAAGAAAGAAAUGCAUCCAGAAAUUCUGCUCAAAUGUAAAAGAUGAUGAGUUAAAAUGCAAAACAAUCUGCAAUAUGUGCCGUCCUGAAGUUAGGAUUAAAUAUGCAACAUGUGUGCAGUGUCUUACAAAUGCAUGCCCUCAUUUGCGCAUUUUAGGUCGCUCCGAAAAGGAACAAACAGUCAACUGAUUGUCGGUCUUUGAAAUGAAAAGCAGAAAUUUUCUUCUUUGCACUGUUCUUUUGCAAACUUGCCUCACUCCAUUCUGGGUAAUAUCUAAGGGUGUGGAAAAUAAUCGAUAUCAAUCGAUGCGCAUGUGCGCGAUGCGACUGCGUCGGCUCAUUCACUGGGUAUCGAUGCAAUUGACGGGUUAAAUCUAGAUUCAUCUAGAUGCGUUUGUGGGUAUCGGUAAAAUCCGAUGCAAGCGCCGUUUUAUUCAUGUUAAACUUCACCCAAUCUGCUGUUUCCCAGGCGCAUUGAAUGCACCAUCAUUUUUUCACGUUUUGUAUUGAAUACGGACGGAAGCCGUGAGGGACAUACAAUGCACUACUACUAAAACAGCAUGGACCACAUUCAAGUGAGCAGCAGCGAGAAAGAGUUUAUAUGUAAUGCACCCGCUACGUUUAAAUCAUAUGUUUGGAAACACUACGGAUUUGCAAAGAAAGACGGAAAGCUCGACAAAACGUCCGUCAUUUGCAAAGAAUGCCGCGUUAAGAAGCCGUACAACGGCGGCACGACAAACAUGCAGACCCACUUAAAAAGAGUACACCACAUCACCGACAAGUCUAACGCCACCUCCCCUCCCUUAACAUUGAUUGCACUGAUGAAAGUGUCACUUUAGGUUACUCAUUGAGAGUGUUUUGUUGUUGCUGUUUACUGUACUUUUUACAGAAGUAAUUAUUGUGUAAUUGUUUUACUCUUUUAUUAUUGCAGAACUCACUCAAAUCACUGAUUUUGUGGCCAGUUAGAAAGUCAACUCUAGCACAUUGGUUUGGCAGACAGUAGUAUGGCCAUUGAAUGGUUUAUUUGCACCAUGUUAGGCAGUGCAUUAGUUGUUUAAUAAUGUGUACUGUAAUAUUACCCAACAAGUAUAGAGCACUUGUGUGAUGUAGGGUUGGGGUUGGAAUCCUUUUUUUUUUUUUUUUUUUUUUUUGUUGAUUUUAUUGAUUCAGAUUCCUUAACAGUUGCAGGAGGUCUGUCUAAUCUGUGUAACUGUACAAAAUGAAGGAGCAUAGAAAAAAGACAAAAAGCACUUUUGUUGAAUUAACUGCUAAGUGCCUUUAAGGAAUAAAGCCAAAUCCUUUUUGUAGUACCAUACUGAAUUCCAUCUUUUAUUUUUAUUUCUUUUUUUUUCUUUGCUUAUUUGCAUCAUGUUGAAUUGCAUCAUAUCGCAACAAAUUGCAUCAUAUCGUAUCGGUUCGCAUUGAUUUGAACUAAAUGAUUAUUGUAUCGUAUCGCAUCGUGAAGAGGGUGAAUCGUAUCGCAUCGUAUCGCCAGAAAAUUCCAUGUAUCGUUAAAGUAUCGUAUCGCUGGCAGUGCAUCGAGAUGCGUAUCGAAUCGUCCUCAGUGCUGAGAUUCACAUCCCUAGUAAUAUCCCGUCAUAUUUGUCUCGUCUCUUAACAAGAAGUCAUGGAAGUUACAAUCUCCAUUCUAUGGAUGCUCUACUGUCAGUUGUCCCCAAAGUAAGAACUGAACUGGGCAAGAAGGGUUUAGGUUGUCAGCACCCAAUACCUGAAACAAAGUACAGUCUGAACUUCGCCUUCAAGCUCUUGUGACACUAAAUGAAUUUAAAACUUUAGUGAAAUCAUUACAAUUUACCUCAUCCAUGUGUAAAUGUUUAUGUGAGAUUGUUUUAAUGUUGUGGAUAUUAUCUGGUGUAGGAACUAUGCCUCUUGGCCAGGUUUCCCUUGAGCGAAAGAGAUUUGUAAUCUCAAUGAGACUAACCUGGUUAAAGAAAGGCUAAAUAAAUGAAAAAAUAAACUUAACUAAAUAAACCCUCCUUUUUAAGUGAGGUAUUUGCUGAGCUGAAGCGGGUGUAUAACCCACGGGCAAUGCUGAAAACAGCUCGAGGACCAACACAGACGCUCGGUUAUUGACCGCUGCAGACAGACAGGAUCAGCUCUGACACUUGGUUUAGCUAAAUUUCAGAAACUUUGUCCCCAAUAAUGUUGGACAUUUUGGAGAUUCUUCUGUACUUUACCCUCUCAAAUCCUUCAUGUUUUUCCUCUGCUGACAACAUAAACUCUGCCCGCUUUUGAAAAUUACACAAACCAUCCCUUUAAUUCUGGAUAGUUGCUGGAAACAUACUCUCAAAAACCAGCUCUACAGCUUUUCCUUGAGGUCUCAAAGUCAAGUUUAUGUGUCGUGUUAAAGGAGCGUCACGUCCAGAGGUUAUAUUUUUGACACCGUGUAAACCUUCCUUUCACCUGCAGGGUCAUUUUGUAGGGUGCUUGAAGUGUGUACAGCCUUGAGUUCUUUCUCUAGCCAAAAUGUUGAUAUUCUUUCCAAACUCAGCACAAGACUCCUGGUCAUGAGAAAAAAAUUCAGUUUAUUUUCAAGCCUUUGGGUUAAAUGUUGUGACUGAAGAUGCUGCAUUUGAAGCAGUUGACCCGACUCCUCUCUGCUCUAGCUGUCUGAAAAUUACAGGCAGAAAAAAGCUCAUAUUUGUGCCCCCGAUAUGGAUUUUUCUGGAACCAUAAUCAUGUUAAACUGUUCCCCCAGAGCUUGAUGUUAAUGUGAUCUCUGUCCCUCCGUCUCUGCAGGACUCCGUGGUUUAACGGCUGGGGGUUCAACCUGCCCCGGGGUCAGUCUCUGCUGGAUAAGUGGAACCUCGUCCCCGAAGGCAUCGACAUCCUGAUGACCCACGGACCUCCGCUCGGUGAGUCCAAUUAACCAAUCACAGCCCCCCUCAUCACCAUAGCUAAUGAGCUUGUACCUCAUUAUUCGAAAUCUGUAAGAAAUCGCUGGAGGCGCUGCAGCAGCAGGCCGUGUGCGCAGGUGUGUGUGAACUUACAGAGCACACACAGACACACAUGCAGUUUUUAUCUAGAGCAAACACUCACACACCCUCUGAUUCAAUAUUUGUUUGACUUCAUGAGAAAGAAAUUCAUAUUGUUUGGUUUUCUUUUAUUCCAGUCUGAUUCAGUUUUCCUUCCAGUUGUUUGAGCCCUGCUUGUUUUUCCCAGCGUGUUUUUCCCUUUUUCGCUCUCCAUCUGGCUUUAUUGAGUGAUUUCCUCCCUCUCGCCUACGGAGGGUUGCUGCUGUUGCUGCUGCGGCAGCCGCUGUGGCUGUUUGAUUGCAUGGAAACUCGAUUUUGCUCCAGUGUGACAGGAGCUGCAAACGAUUGGAGAGAGAACAUAGGAGAGGAGCGUGGGGCCGCAAGGAGGAGGGGGUUGGUCAGAGAUAGGGGAUGGCUCUCCUAAAGUGGAGGAGACUAUAUAGGAAAAACAAUCUGAGCUGCGUGACUGUGGAAGAUUUAUUAAUAACACGAUGUGUUUGUCUGCCAGGACGUGUUUGGAUCACUGCGAGACCGGGAGAAGAAAACGAAAUGAGCAUUUAUGAGUGAUUUUUUAAAUUCAUGUUCAGGGUUCACAGUGAUGAGCUGAGGAAAGACAAGCUAUUGAUUCUGAAAUAUAUUACAGUUUAAUUAAUUAUCCUAACUUAAUGUAUCAUUUUGUCAUGUAUCAUAACAUACCAGAGUGUAUCAUGUCGUUUCGUAUCAUAACAUGCUGUAUCAUAUUACAUUGUUACCUAUUUACAUUGUUCCCUAUUUUUAUUACAUUGUUACCUAUUUACAUUGUUCCCUAUUUUUAUUACAUUGUUACCUUUUUUUAUUACAUUGUUACCUUUUUUAUUACAUCGUUUCCUAUUUUGAUCACAUCAUUACCUAUUUUUAUUACUUUGUUACCUUUUUGCAUCGUUACCUUUUUUACAUUGCUACUUUUUUACAUCGUUGCCCAUUUACGUUGUUACUUAUUUACAUUGUUACCUGUUUAGAUUCUUACCUAAUUAGGUUGUUACCUAUUUUUAUUACAUUGAUACCUAUUUAGAUUGUUACCUAUUUUUAUUACUUUGUUACCUAUUUACAUUGUAACCUUUACAUUGUUACCUAUUUACAUUGUUCCCUUUUCUUAUUACAUCAUUACUUAUUUACAUUGUUACUUAUUUACAUUGUUACCUAUCUUUAGGUAGCUAUAUGUAUCUUUACAUAUCGGAUCUUCUCAUGUAGUCACAUAUUGUCAGGUGUCAACAUGUAUCGUGUCGUAUCAUGUUGUGUUGUGUCGCGUCAAACCUUAUUGUGUCGCAUCAUAUCCUUUUUAAUUAUCAGGUUUUAUUUUAUUCUCAAUAUCAACAAUGCAUACAAGCAGACAUCAUUAGUAGAAAAUGAAAAGAAACUAAAUAAAACAAGAAAAAACAACAACCUAUCAUCAAAUAAAGAAAUAAGUGUCCUUGUACCUAUUAAGAAAUAUUUCUUAUCACUAGUCAGAAAUUUUACUUAGACUUUUAGCAAUCCAUUCAAGGCCGUCGUGUGUCCAUAAAAGGGUCGUCAUUUCCUUUUAAUUUGGCACCUUUCCAUAAAAAAAACUCUAAUAAUGUCGAUGUACCACUGACCUACCUUAGGUGUCUUGUUAUGAUAUGAAUCUAUCUGUAGAAGGUAAAAUUUAAAAUUGGAUUUUUUUGUUUUUUGAGGUUAAGACCAACUGUUUUAAGACCACAGCAGGUUUUUAGGGGAACUAAGUUUAUGACUUGAUUGUUUUUGCAGGUUUCAGAGACUGGGUCCCGAAAGAGCUGCAGCGGGUCGGCUGUGUGGAGCUGCUCAACACGGUCCAGAAGAGAGUCCGACCCAAACUUCACGCCUUUGGAGGCAUUCAUGAAGGUACAGUUCACCUAGAUAGGACUUUACAAACACAUAAAAACCAGCAAAAACCAAUACAAAUCAACUUGACGAUAAAAAAAAGUGAGAAAUGAGAAAAAUGAAUUGAAAUUAUUGCAUCAACAGUACAAUCAAAUACAUAAAACCAAAAGAAUUUAUAGUCUAAUGAAAAAUAUAUGCUUCACUCAAGACCAUUAACUUACACAAAACUCUGUAGUGGAAGUCACUGCACUCCUGACACUGGGAACAAACUCACAUCUAAACUCCUUGUUGAGACCUUGUUGCAUUUUAACCUGAUUAGUUCGGAGAUGUUCCUGCAGGCGUUUUCGACUCACCUUUUAAAAAAAAACAUGUUGCCGACAUUUAACUCAAAAUUUAAUAAAACAGUGUAAGUUUCAGUGUCAAAAUUAAUGUUGUCUUUGCACUGUUUUCAAUCAAAUUUAGGAUUUAAAGUGUUAACAAACCAUCAAAAUCUCUAUUAAUCAAAAUCUUUUGGAUCCAGAGUUGUACAUUAACUCUUUAAACUCAUGGAAAUACUUGAAUUAGAGAGUCAAAGUGAAAAUUUCUCGACCGAGGGAACAUAAAAAGAAUUAAAAAUCAUCUUAAGUCAUUUUAAAAACGUUCCCCUGACCGCCGAGUUGAAAUGAUUAUUUUACUUCUCCAGGUUACGGGAUCAUGACGGACGGCUACACGACGUUCAUCAAUGCGUCGACCUGCACCGUCAGCUUCCAGCCCACAAACCCCCCCAUCGUGUUCGACCUGCCCAACCCCUCCAGCUCCUGA